AUGAAGCCGCCUGGCAGAACUUCCCUCCGGCGGCAGAAGCAGCAGAAGCAGCAGAAGCAGCCGCCCUUCUCCGGCCGCCGCCGCCGCCGCCUCUCGAGCUCCGCCGCCGCCGCCUUGCUUUGCCCGGCUCGGCUGCCCAGCUCCAUCCCCCUCCUCUUUCUGGCGCUCCUGCUUUUCUGCUCAGGGUCCCCCAGGAUCUGUGGGGUCGCUGCGGACGCCGGUGAGUGCCCGCUUAAGCGGGGGGGGGGGGGGACAGAUCCUGGAGGGAUCCUGUACUGUGCGCGUGAGCUUGGACAGAUCCUGGAUCUCCGUUACACGCGCAGCCCUCUCUCUCUUUUGCGCGCUCGUGUGUGGUGCCAAUGCGCUAAGAAAUAAACGGGGGUGGGGUGUUCUCUUUUUUUGGGGGGGUUGGCAUGUGGUGCCAAUGAGCUACACAUAACGAACCUCGGAGCCUGUUUUAGUCUGCAUCUCCCACCGCCCUGGCUUUUUAAUGUUGGUUAAUAACAGAACUAGAAAAAGGGGAAAAAAAGGGGAGGGGGGGGGGAAAAGAAAAAUCACCUUUUUGCCGUGUGGAGUCUUCGUGACAACCGGCGAGAAGUUCUUGUUCCGCACCGUCCGCACCGAUUUGUUUCGGUCUUGACGCAGUUCCUUACCUCCAUGGCAUCCUGCCUGGUCUUGGGUAGGAAUAAUUGAUCGUGACUGCAGCCGGAUUCCUCCUCUGGUCGCUAACCCCCCCCCCCCCACGUCUAGAUCAUAUAUGUGUGUGUGUCUUUGCGAAUAUGAAGUUGUUUUUACAUGGCAGACCUGUAUAUUUACUGUGUUACGGCGACUGGUGCUUACUGGUUUAUAAGGAUGGGCAUGAAAUGGUUUCGGGAGCUCUCUGAUGCAGCAAAACGCUGCUGGCAGGCUUUCAAGGGUGCUGUUUUUGUGCAGGGUCUUAACGCAAAAUAGAACAAGACAAGCAGGAUAAUGAGGGUUUUGGAUACUGCCCGUUCUUGCACUGCUCAUCCGAGGGAACCUACCUUUUGCGAACAGAAGGGGGGUUGCGGUGUUCUUUGAGAACCCUGGGGUUUUGUCUGCAAAAAGAUAUGUGCUUGUUACUUAUCCCAUGAAGCAUGUUUAUACGGGAGUUUAUUUGAGACUUUCUCUGGUAAGUGUGCUUAGGAGUCCAUCACUAAAGUUAAAAGAAUAGUGAAAAGUUGCCCUUAUGUAAAGGGAAUUGAUUAGCAUUCAGUACACAUGGGUUCAUGGCUUGAGUUCCUUGCAGUAGAAUCACUGAUUUGUACAUAGCCAAAUUUAUGUGGAAAAGUGGCAGGAAUAGGGUCAUGAAUGGCAGGAUUGUCCUUAAAAGAACUUGUUUCAAGGGUUCAGAUCCCUGCAUUUUGAAUUUCAUGAUGCAAAACUAUAUAAAAUCAAAUAAGGAAUUAUAUGUACAAAUAAGUACAAAAUCUAAUCAAAUAAAUUGGUUUCAUGAGGGUUACUGUAUUACAAAAAGUGUUCUGUUCCUCUGUGAAUUCAUGGUAGGUUUGUCUGUCUUCCCCAGCUCUGCAUUGGAAUGAAACUGCAGAAGAAAUAGAAAAAAGCCAGGCAGACGAAGAUACUGCAUUUCAACAGACUAACAGCAGUAGCUACAAAAAUAACAGUCGAAGCAGUGCAUUCCAGAAAGAAAUCACAUUGCCUUCAAGACUUGUAUAUUAUCUCAAUAGAGACUCUGAAAGUCCUUAUCAUGUCUUGGAUACAAGGACAAGGCACCAGCAAAAACACAAUAAGGUAAGGUGUUUUUUAAAAAAUAAAUAAAAGCAAUACAGUUCUGUGACUCGAAAUAGUCAUGUCUCUUGAGGGAUUGUCUUACUUUAAGAAUGUUUAUUCAGCAUGUCUGUAAUGCUUCAGAAUUCACUGCACAGUUCUUGGGUCUGAAAGAUGCGUCAGUCAAAAAAUAGGGUUCAAAUACCAAGAGACUUUGCAGGUAACAAUACCCUUGUCAAAUUUCAAGGAUUAUUACUGCUACCACAGAACAAAACUUGAAGUUCAAACCAUGGUUUACUUGUUUCUUUAGAGGCCUAAAAUAUUUUCCCCUCCAUCCAGCUUACCUGAUUGAGAAAAAUAGAAUCACAUUGGUAGAAUGACUAUGUAAUAUUUCUGUGUCACAGACACAGGGGACCCCAGAGAAUUACAGUUCUAAUUUCUUUAUCUUAAACAGGAAACCAUUUUUUAAGCAAAGCACAAAAGGCAAGAGUCAACUGUCAUGCCAGUGGUUGUGACAGGACUUCCUAUCCUCCCCGCUGCAGCCCCCUGCGCCUGCCCCCCAGUCUGCUCUGGAGUUCCAUUUAACCUUCUGGAGCAGAUUUGGAGGCAUGGGGGUCUGCAGGGGGAGAUGAGGAAAGAUAAGCCAUGUUCCAACAAGUGGAAGUCCAUUGUGCAAGUGGAUACCACAAUUGUGUAUCACUCACAAGUCUUGAUACAGCUAAAAUUAGUCAUGGCUAUGUGCUUUUGAAAACAAUGGCGCUAAAGGUGAUAGCAAUCAACUUGUUCUAUUGAUUUCAAUGGGACUUAAUUGUAGCUAGCUUUAGCUCAGUCAGGUCAUGGUGUUCAGAAGCACAUUACAAAAUAUAUGAAUGACCUUUCUGUUUGCUGACAGUAAUGUACAAGUUGGAUAUAAGUCUGUGAGUUUCAUUUGUUAUGUAUUACAACCUUAUGCCCUCACUUAAGCUGUGCUUUUCCUAACAUGUCCAUAAGAAAUGGGCCCAGAUAUGAGUUUAUCCAGCUACAGAGUCUAUCUGAUAGAGUGUGUGUUGCAACCCAUUUAUGAAUAGAAUUCAGUUCCAGUACUGGUUUGGCAGACUUGGGUAGCUCAGAUGGACUGACAUUACAAAGGAGCUUUUGAAGAAGAACCCUAACUUGGGAGGGAAGAAACCAAAAUAGUCUCAUAAGAAUUAAAUGUCAGGGAGUGUUGAAAGACUUAACUGGGAAAAAGCUGUCAACUGCAUGGGAGGGAGAAUGGAAUCCAGCAACUUGAAAGGGAAGAGGCAAGAAUGGAAUCAGUCAUCUCAUAGGCCAUUUCCUGGUUCACACAUUGAUUUAAAAUGUCACCACAGAAGACAGAUCUGUCCAUAGGCAUGAGUGAAGAAAUUGAAGAUUCCAAUGUACUUGAUACUGGGCAGCCUGCUAAGAAUCACAAAAUGGUGGAGCAAAGCACAAGAUGGAAACAGCCCAGUGAACCCCAAAACACCCCAAUGAGGACUGAACAUGCUCAGUGCAGGAUGGUGACUGGCCAAGGGGGAGUGGAAGGCAGUGGCUGGAAACCUUAACAGGAGCAUUCCACACUGCAACCUGUUUCAGGGGCAUGCUUCUCAUAAGUAUAUUUGCCACCUUGCCAAUAGACACCUGUUUUGUGCUUUCUAAUUGCAGGUGUGCUAUAAGAUUGACAUCAUUCAAUCUUUUUCUCCGAGGGACAGGGGAGAGCCAAUUACCUGCAUUCUAAUAUAGGAUGCUUCUUGGGUACAGUGGUACCUCUGGUUACAUAUGCUUCAGGUUACAUACGCUUCAAGUUACAGACUCCGCUAACCCAGAAAUAGUGCUUCAGGUUAAGAACUUUGCUUCAGGAUGAGAACAGAAAUUGUGCUCUGGCGGCGUGGUGGCAGCAGGAGGCCCCAUUAGCUAAAGUGGUGCUUCAGGUUAAGAACAGUUUCAGGUUAAGAAUGGACCUCCGGAACAAAUUAAGUACUUAACCCGAGGUACCACUGUAUUUAUUAAUAGCAUUAUUUCAAGUUAAAGUGUAGCGCUUCCUCUCAUUAUUAGUAGUUUUGUGUUACUGGAACCAAAGGGUUGCAUGGUAAGCCUGAAGUCUUUGGGCUAUAGCCAAUGUUAAUCCUACUCAGAGAAGACCUAGUCAAAUUAAUGAACCUAAGUUAGUCAUGCCCAUUAAUUAACCUCAUUGGGUCUUCUCUGAGUUGGACAAGCACUGGGUACAACCCUUUGUAUCACGUGUCAGAUCACUUCUGAAACUUAGGAGAUCUUUGACAUCCACUUCAAACUUAGACCUUUGAUUUUUAAAUUAAGGCCACUUCUAUAGCAUUAACUCCUAAAAUCUAACUAUAAUCGCUUCCAAAAUAAUGGGAAAUACUGGAUUAUGGUAAAUAUUAAAAAUAACCAAUUGUGGCAAUACAUGACUGAGAUUCAGAAGGGCUGGGCUUGUGCACAAAACACUCCCUUGGAUGUUCUAGAGGCAGUCAAUUAAAAUGGCUAAUUUCCUUACUAGUUUCCCCCGGAAAAAAGAUAAUGUUCUCAGCCAUACUUGUUGUUCCAUCUGCACAAGUGUUCCAGCCUGCCAGACGGAACGAUCCCCCACUGUCCUCUUUGCACUGUUCUGGGCAUUCUGCUGACCUCUCCCAAGCCUAUUUGGGUGCUCAGGGCUUCCACUGGGGCUUGUUAGGUGAAUCCCGCACAGUAUAUACCAGUGGCAAACUCAUGAUUUGAGAGUGGAUCCUUUGGCAGCCAAAACAGCACUAUCUGUGCGCAGGUGAAAAGUAGUAGAAGGCUUGGGAGAACUCCAUGGUUUAGAGAAGUACCAAAAUAUUUAAAAGAUACUCUUAAGGGUUGUGGGGACUCCAAAAAAGCUGUUAGAGUGCAGGGAACAAAAUGGGAGGGGUAAGAGAGAACAGAAUGGAAUAUGCUAGAAAAAGUGCAUGGCUGGGAUCCAAAACAAGAGCUCUCUAUCCUGCAUCAUUUUGUUGGAGUUUCCAUUUGUCAGGUUCAAAGUCCACCUUGCAUGAGGGUCUCUGGACAGCUUUAGGUUAGUUAAUGGUCUGAUCUAGUCUGUAGGGUGGUUGGGAGAAAAUGAAAAGUCCAUGUAUGUAAUCUUGAGCUUCAGGGAGGGCAGAUUUCAAGACUGAUGAAUACGUGAAUAUCUAUAUGUGGAGCAGGAUUAAUGUGGCUUUGCUGAAUUAAAUAUACACCAAGGUUGGCAUAUCUGAAAGAUAAAGGCCACAGCAAUCUGGAGCCGAGUGAGUGAUUCAGCAAAAGGAGCUGACAGAGAAAAGAGAAAAAUAGCUCUAAAUAUCUGUGAUUCUGAGAUGAAAGACUUCAGUUAAUGCAAUAGUUACACAGAACCGUGUGUGCAAAUCUUGUUUGACAUAGGCCUCUUGUCAGCUGGUUCAUUGUGAAACAUGCUUUAUUCCUCCUAGGGGGUGGUACAUAUAUAGAGACUCCUAAAACACACACGCUUUGGCAGUGGCCAAGAUAUAGAUAUGGGUGAUUUGGAACCUUAUCUUUACAUCUCAACUAAUUGAGAAUGUCACCAUACUUUGUACCCCUCAGUCCCUUCUUCUGUGGGUGUCAACACUUCAAUAAACUCUCCAGUCCUUAUGAAUCAUGCACAUAGUCUUGCAGGCUGCUUACCUCUGCUUGACUGUAUCUAUGCAUGUGUCAUGACACCAACCAUGAGCAACAGCAUAGUCUCUGACUCAGGGGGUGGGGGGAAGAGCCAGCCAGAUUAGAAGGACUGCAGAGGUGCUAUAAUGAAAUCUCAACAACAAGCCUGAACUGGAGCAAGUUGGCCAGGACUACCCUUGAACUGAGACCCCACAGAGGCAAUGCUUCUUUUGCCAGGUUUUGCUGAUAGAUCAGCCACCUCUUUGCCCUGGACUUGACACUCCCUAGUGCUUGCUUGUUUUUGCGGGUCAUGCACCAGAUGGAGUAAACCGAGAGGUGGACGAAUGUUAGGCUCAAACCAGAAGUCUCUUCCUCUUAAGGAUUUUCAGUCCUCAGGAACAGGGUAGAGCAUUGGAUGCAGGAGUAGGAAUGCUUGAGGAAUUUCAUUUCUGUGAAUUCCAAUAUGAAAUAAUCUGAUUUGCUCCUCCUGAAUGAAAGUGUGGAUCAUAAUGUAAUUAUGCUAUUCUUUGCAUUUUACACUUCUCUGAAUUUUAGCGAUACAAUUUUUAGCUCAAAAAUAAUUCAAAAUAAGUUCUAAAAUAUGUAUUUUAGGAUAAAAUACGUUUAGAAAUGCAUACGCUGAAACAGACCUGUUGCUUCAGGGGCUGUGCAACACUAUCUGGAACAGGCUAAGCACCACUUUCAGUAUAAUCAGUACCAUCAAUUAGUAGUACUUCCAUCUUGUCUGGAUUAAAUCUCCAUUUGUUCACCCACCAAUUUCAGUACUCCCAGCCAAUAUAAUUUACAACUUCACUGCCUCCCCAGGACUGGGUGAUGAAAAUGAGAGACUGAGCUGAGUAUCAUCAGUAAACUGAUGACACCUCAGACCAAAUCUCUGGGUGACUUUUCCCAGUGGUCUCAGAUAAUAAGAAUGUGGCUAGUAAUCUUCUAAAUUGCACCAUGCCAAAGGGACCAAGGGGUAGCAAGAUUGCAUUGCAUCUUGUUUACACAGGUAAGAUUGCUUCAAAGAUAGUUUGAGAAAAUAUCAGGAAGGCAGGCUAAAACAGCUACAUAUCAUUUCAUGUCAUUUUUAUUUAUUAAUUAUAAUCAGAACAUUCUUCACAGUACUGUUAGUUGCGGUUGGUUCCCAUUGUGCAUUAUAUCUUUGCCUCAAGAAAGAUAAAAGGAAAGGAAAAUAAAGGAAUUCCAACAUUGUAAAGGUGAGGGGACAGGAGAAAAUGAGUUAUAUAGUUAAUAAGCUAUUACUUAAGGUAGCAUUGUUAGUCUUUUCAGAAUUGACAUAGUGUAUUCUUUGAAGCAAUUUUAAGGAAAAUAAAGCUAUUAUAUUCACAUUAAUAUAUUGUUGUUGUUUAAUCGUUUAGUCGUGUCUGACUCUUUGUGACCCCAUGGACCAGAGCUCGCCAGGCACUCCUGUCUUCUGCUGUCUCACGCAGUUUGGUCAAACUCAUGUUAGCUGUGCUCUGGCUAGGAGUUAUAUAUGCACAUGGAAGCAGAGUCCCUAGCUAGAUGGCAAACUGUGUAUUCAAACUAGUGCUUUACAUGUAGUUCCAGUCCUCUCUUAGAUCCAACCGUUGGGCCUGUCUGCAUGUGUGAUUGCUCAUCUCAGUUUUAGGAGAUGGGAGCAGGCUAGACCUUUCAAAAGGGCUUUGCAUGUGCAGUUCCAGCUGCUGUGUAAAUACAUAGUUGGAUUACAGUCAGUGAUGAUUAUUUUUGGCUAUAGCAGUUGGAAUGCCUGUAGUGAGAGUAUUAAGCGCCCUGAAUGUUAAGAAGGCUAAUAGUCUUCAUUGGGUAUGCCACAACCUCAGAUAAACAAAGAGGUUAUCCUGCUUUGCUUACAAACUCUGUUGAUUGUUUUAAUAGGAUUGCCGGUUCAACAUAAGCAGCAAACUACUGUAGAAUAAUGAAUUAUUUAAAAAGGGAUUCUGAAACAAUUAAGGGCUAAAAUAAGGCUUUGCCACAUUAACUACAUAGUUGCCUUUCCAAAAAUGCUGUCAAAUUCAUCAUGUGGGAAGGAUGAACUAUAAAAAAUUCUUAAUGGUAGGGUGGAGUAUAACUGUGUAUUUCAUAGGAAGAGGACGUAGUGGCAUGUAAUUUCUUGGGGGUUCAUGUUAGUUACACAGCCAGAGUAUCUGAAAUCAUUUUGUCACCAUGAAACUUCUAGAGCUGUAUUUUUUAGGUACUUUUGUUUAUUUAUUUAUUUACAUACUUACUACAAGGUUUAUAUGCUACUGUUUAGCUAGUAAGGCAGGGGUCCCCAACAUUGUGGGGUCUGUGGGCACAAUUGCUCACCAGACAAACUGUGGCAGGUACACUUGCUCUUUUGGCUACAACAGAAUGCUUCUUUCAAGAUUGAUUUUCGUGGGGAUGGGGAAAGCACCUGGAAGAGAUCAAGGUAUGGAUUCAGGACCACAGGUAAUGUUCCUACCUUUGAAGCCAGUCAUCCAAGUUGUCUCUGCAAGGUCCUGGAGCAACUAGCUAAGUUUUAUAACAGGGCUGGGUAGAUGUUGCCUGGGGGCCUGACCUUGGGUACUGCUUCUUGGCUAGUUAAAAGGCUGGUGCUUUCUUCAGCCACUGUUGGUUCCUUCAGAUUAAUUGGCAUUCUAGCUGUGAAGAACGCUCCUCAGAGUUCUGUUGAUUCCCCAAGGUGUUUGUGGACCAGCCAUGAGAGUCUGGCAGCAGGGGUAUCUCUCCAGGGUUUGGGGAGAGGAGGUGGGCUCCAGUGUCCUUGGACCGACACAGGAUGGACCAGGGACUGGAUCUAGCUCCUUCAAAGAACUUCAGUUUGCUGAAGGACACUGCAUCUGAAAAGUCCUGGUUCUAACCUUGGCUCCCCCUUAAUCCUUGUUUCAGACUUUCAUGCCAGGCUCGUCGUCUUCCUCUGACAGCACCCCCCAACUUCUCAUUGAUGGCCAUCAACAUUAAUAAUUAUACUUGUCAAAUAUUUCAAGGAGGAGGCUAUGUAGAUGGCAGCCAGCUCCGUUUGUUUUUCAUUUUGACGUUAUAUUGAGUUUUCAGCCAUUUGAAUUUGACUUCAGACCCACUUAUGGGAUGGAGGCAGGUUUGGAUGCUCCGGUGAGUGAUCUGUGCUAGGAACCAGGAAAUGUAGAACUGUUGGUUCAGCUGGACAUCUCAGUGGUUUUUGAUACUAUCAACGAUGGCAUCCUCAUGGAUCACUUGCCUAGCAUGAGACUUUGAGGCACCAUUUUACAGUGGUUCUGGUGGUAUAUGUUGGGGGACUUCUGUUGGAUGCCUUGUUUCAGGGGUUCCUCCUCAGGUACCAGCUCAGAGGGCCCUUCAAGGGGAUCCCCAGCAUUGAACUUAGCGGACCUAGCAUACUCUAAUCCUGCCCUUAGGCUACAAUCCUAGCUCAUUGAAACAAUUUGUGCAUAUUUCUGAGUAUACAUUUUAUUUUAUUUUAUUUAUUAAAUUUAUACACCCCCCUAUACACAACAAUCUCAGGGCAGUUCACACACACACAAAUUAAAAAACAAUGUUAUAAUAUUUAAUGCAUGUUACACAUGCCAGAAGUUUACAAUUUUCAUACAAAAACACAUCAAGCAGAGGAAGAAUAUAGUGCAAAGUGUCCAUGGUUAGGAUUCCACAGUUUGUGCAUGAGCUGGUGAGCUAUGAAUAAUUUGGCAAACUAACAGAAUAACUUUUGUGUGUUUCUCGCCUUCUCCCACUUCCCUCCUUGUCUUCAGGCUGUGCAUCUGGCUCAGGCAAGUUUCCAGAUUGAAGCCUUUGGAUCUGAAUUUAUUCUUGACCUCUCCCUGAAUAAGUAAGUGCAUGUUUGUGGCCAUUUUUUUCUACCUUUUGUAUUAUUAGCCUUGAGCUGUUUUAGUUUUAUGAAACGAGGAGGCUCUGCAGUAAUUUCCUGAAAUACUGUUUGAUCAUUGAAACCCUUUAAAAGAGGCAAAACCUGUGGAGGAUAUGUCUGUCGAAGGCUACUAACCAUGAUGGCUCAGCUCUAGAUGUGUUUGGGUUCUCCUUGUGAGGUUCCCACAGGCAUCUCCUUAGCCACUGUUGAAAGUAGAAUGCUGGACUAGAUGGGCCAUGGGCCUGAUCCAGAAGGUUCUUCUUAGGUUCUUAUGCUUACCUGUGCUAGGCUGCAAAGAAGUACAUGUAUUGUUGUUAUUAUUAUAUACCGUAUUUUUUGCUCUAUAAGACUCGCUUUUUCCCUCCUGAAAAGUAGGGGGAAAUGUGUGUGCGUCUUAUGGAGCGAAUGCAGGCUGUGCAGCUAUCCCAGAAGCCAGAACAGCAAGAGGGAUUGCUGCUUUCACUGCGCAGCGAUUCCUCUUGCUGUUCUGGCUUCUGAGAUUCAGAAUAUUUUUUUUCUUGUUUUCCUCCUCCAAAAACUAGGUGCGUCUUGUGGUCUGGUGCGUCUUAUAGAGCGAAAAAUACGGUAUUUAUUUUUCCCUGACAAGGACUCAAGGCGGCUUACAGAUAAAAUAAGAACAGCAAAAAACAUAGAAAAGAACUAAUACAAAUCAUUAAGAAACAAUUAAACAUUAAAAGAAUUAAAACUAGGUAGACAAUCAGAACAAAAACAGCAUGCCACCAGCCCCCUUGUUAAAAGCAGUCAGUUCCCCAAAGCCUGUUGGAACAAGGCAGGAGGACAAGAAGUGGGGAGCCAGUCUAAGGGGAGGGAGUUCCAAAGUUGGGGAGCAGCCACCGAGGAGGCCUUCUUCUGCAUCCCUACCAAGUGUCCCUGUGAGGGUGGUGGGACUGAGAGAAGGGCCUCCCUCAAGAUCUCAGAACCCAUAUGAGGGAAUAUGGUCUUUCACUUGGUUGGACCCAAGCUGUGUAGGGCAUUAUAGGUCAUAACCGGCCCUUGGAAUUGUGCUCGGAAACAGACUGAUAGCCAGUGAAGCUGUUAUAACAAGGGAGUCAUAUGCUUCCUAUAACCAUCCCUGGUCAACAAUUUGGCUGCAGCCCUUUCAGAGAGUUGAAGUUUCUGAGCAGUUCCAUGUAGAGUGUGCUAUAGUAAUCCAAAUGGGAUGUAACUAUGGGUUGUAUCUGCAAACCCAGACCCAAGCCUGGCCAUAGCAUUCUGAACUUCAGAUGAUUGUAACUUUUGGUAGUGACCAUAACAAGGUAAGAUCUGUGAAAUGUUAUGAGUCGGUUUAGAAGUGGGAAGGCUUCUAUCCCUCCACACUCCUGCCCUUUUUCUGCCCUUGAACUCUCUCAUGCUUCACUUACCUCUUGCCCAUCACUCCUCCUCAGUAUUGAUUCAAAACCGGGUCUGAAAGCAGAAUGAAGUGGGUCUAGAUAAUCUGCUUAUUCGAAGCAUAUCUGCAGCUGGUUGACUGACACUCUUUCAAUCACCUCGGCCAUUAAGAGAAUAUUAGAGACUGAACAGUAGUUUUCUUAAAUUGCUGGAUCAUGGCAGGAAGACAUCCUCUUUCAAGGCCGUGGGUAUAACCCCCUCCCAUAGUGAGCCAUUAACUGCUCCAUCCAGUAAAUCCCUUCCUGCUAGGUUUUAUUAGUUAUGAUGGACAGGAUUAAAGGCGAUUUAUGAAAAUAAAUAAAACUGGAGAAAAAGUAAAAGGAAAUUAAAUAAUUUAAGUGCAGAGUGUGGCCCCAAAAAAGCAUGGUCAGCUUCUAUGGUCCUUGCUUGACUAUUUCAGCCAUUUUAAGCAAGAAUGCAUCAGCACAAAUAUUUGUCAGCUCUUGCAGAAGCACCAUUCUCUUACUGAAGUUCAGUUAAGAUCUGUUUUUGAUUAUUUUGUUAGUAGCGUGACUGCUUUUGGAGCGAGAAAAGAAUGUUUAUGAAACUUACUGGAUUUGCAACCAGUUAAACUAUUUUAAAACGUGGACUCGCAUAUCAGCACAUCUUUCACAUCCUGAUAAAUUUGUCUCGGGAAUUGCAUUUUAGGUGAACUAGAAGUUAUUUAGGUUCUAACACCUAACUUCUCUGUUCCAUCAUGGUCAAUGAAAUGACAUUCAGAGUCAUGCUUAGCGUUAUCUACUGUCACCAUAAAAAAUGUGUGCAUUAGAAAGGUGCAAAGCAGGUAAAAAACAGGAGUUUUGCUGGAUAAGAAUUGCUUUACUCUAGAGAUGGGAAAAGUCAGCAAAUAAGCCUGAUAGGAAGAAAUCAGAGGUAAAAAGGGCUUUUUAAGGUUCUUUUAAAGGAAAUUGUGGAGGAAAUUUAAUGCACAAAUGCACACUUUUUAAAUUGUUACAGGUCAUUGUACAGUAUUUAUUUUCAAAAAUUAGAUAGGGCAAUAAUCUAUCACACUAGCAGAGUGGCGUUAUGACCUGUUGAGGGUAGUUGGAGAGACACUAUUUAUACUGCAGGGAACACUCAGUGUUCAUUUGCAGUGUUUCUUUGCACAGGUGAAUUGUCCCCUCUUCCUUUAAGGAUUCUUAUCAGUUUUUUCAAGGGUAGGAAAGCUUUGCAACAGUGUCCUUUAGCUGCACUGCUGUGAAAAAUGUUUGUUAUUUAUUUGAAGCAAUUUUAUCCUAUUGAGAAAAGGUUCUCAGAGCAGCUUGCAAGGACCUGAAGAAAGUCGCAUAUAAAGUACAGUAUGCAUUUCAAGCAACAUAAUUGACACAAAGCUGAUAUAUUACCUUAAUGAUUUUAAAAUAAAACAUGACAAAGGAGGUAGAAUGCACAUUCAACGCAGCAAAAUUAACAAAAAAAUUCUUAAACAUUGCAAAUGAAAACAUUACUAAAGGAAGUCAAAUAUAAAAUGUACAUUUAAAGCAGCGUAGUUAGCAAGAGAAUAAAAUAAAACAUCACAAGCAUAGAACAUAUAUGCUGCUGUUGCUGCCAAUCCUGCCAUUGGUGGUUUAUGGUGAGUGGUGGCUGUGGAAGCUCAGGCUCAAUGACCUGGGUCUGUACUAAGGGCUUAUCCACACUUAGCUUUCCUCCAUGCUUUAUUGGCAAGGUAUGUGCUUUAAAGCUCUGUGAGCACCCUUUUUUCGCCCCAGAGCUUUCCCUGCGUAAACCUGCUCUUUAAAGCCGAAUUGGAACAAACGGCAAUCCGCAGAAAACUCAACUUGCUGUUUGUUGUACUUCAGCUUUAAAGAGCGGAUUAUCGCAGGGUAAGGUCUGAGGCAGAAAAGAACACUUGGACACAGAGCUUUAAAGCGCAGACCUGUGCCUGGAAAGCACAGGGCAAAAGUUAAGUGUGGAUAAGCCCCAAGAGACAGCCAAGAUCAGGGGUCAGCAAACUUUUUCAGCAGGGGGCCGGUCCACUGUGCCUCAGACCUUGUGGGGGGGGUGGACUAUUUUUUGGGGGGGAAAUGAACAAAUUCCUAUGCCCCACAAAUAACCCAGAGAUGUCGGAUGUAGAAGGUGAUUGGGCCAGAUCCGGCCCCCGGGCCUUAGUUUGCCUACCCAUGGCCAAGAUGGUCUCUUCAGCAGCCUCAACUUUUGUAGCUGGAGCCAGUUAGGUCCCUGCCCUUCAAGCUAGCUGGGAAAAGGCCUGCAAGGCAGGGAGCAGGUCUUCCAGGACUCACAGCCAAGAUUUUUCACCACCUCUGAGUUGACCCCCUUAGUAUUCUGUGCGUGUGGGUACAAGCCUUUUUCUUCCAACCUGUGAUCUAGUGACUGAUCCUCAUGUUCUGUUAGAGAUACUGAUAAAACAAUGUUUUCGCAAGUCAAUACGUUUUUUUAGCUUGCGUUUCCCCACAGCCUUGGUAGUAUCCACCAUCCUCUUUAACAGUUCUGCCAUUUCUUUUAUUUUCUGGGCUGAUAUCUGUCCCCAUCUUGGUAGCCUUUUGCCUCUUGGUUGAGAAUUUCCUUUCCAGCAGGCUUUUGCCUCCCAGGGUUCGCUGAUGCAUUUAACUUCCUUAACUCUUCUCUUUCCUAAUUUGGUGUAUUGGUUUCAUUGUUAUACUAUAAUGUUGCUUUUGAUAUGUUGUCCUGAGCAUUCAAAAACAUAAAAAGCAGCAUGUGAAUGCUUUGUUCUUAUUUUAUUGUUUGUAUUGUAUUAUUUGUAUGUUUUAAACAAGUUUUAAUUCUAUUAAUGUUUACUUUUAAAAAUGAUUGUUUUUUCUUUGUUUUUAGGGUUUCUUGUUUUAUCUGUAAAACAAGGGGUCCUGUCAGGGAAAAAGCAGGGGUAUAAAUAAAUAUAUAAUAAUAAUAUAAUUUUAAUAAUAAUAUUUGUUUACACACAUGUGUUUCUUAAGAUAAAGUUGUUCAGUUGGGUGUAAGUAAUGCUAAAAUAACACCAUAGUUGAAUACAUCUAAUCUUAAUUUUCAUAGAAAAAAGUACAAGUGAACAUGGUAGAUUAACUGUGAUAAUCAAUAAUUAAGGCAAAUAUUCUUUAUUACUUGCAGGAUGAAUUAUGUUAAAAUAUUGAAUGGAUAGAUAACCAUACUGAGCACAUUCAGGUUUUCUAGCAGUAUUGUUUAAAGAACUAUAUAUAUUUUCUCUCAUUUCUGUGUAGUGAUUUAUUAUCCUCUGAUUAUGUGGAGAUUCAUUAUGAAGAAGGAAAACCACAAUAUUCAAAGGUAAUGUAGAAAUAUUUUAUCCUGGCCAAAGAGUGAACAUAUCCUCUACAUGUUCCCCCCCUCCCUUUUCCUUGCACAUUUCAAACUCUAGGCAGUUUUUGAAGUUCAUUUCCUGUAGUGACAUCUGUAACAGGAUCAUUUCUGUUAGCACACCACCAAAAAGCACCCCGCAUUGUCUGGAAGCAUACCGCAAUAGUUAGGAAAGGACCUCCACAUCGGCGAUCUUGCGUCAAUUUGACACUCCUAAAAUGGUUGCCGCCUAUAAUAUAAUAAUUACAGAUUGUGUACACUUGGCAGUUAGGAACCACUUAACCAACGUAAUUAUUUUUGUUUUAGAGGAGCUAUAUUUAAUCAUAUUUCCCUGUCUGCCAUUAAAUUGAUAGAUGUGUAUUGAGUGAAACUUCCUAUGCCAAGCGUUAACAAAAUUACUGUAACCACAUGAUGUAUAUUCAUUGCUGAAACCAUAGAUCAUGCAUUUUAUGGUUUAUGGAACUUACAGCAUUAAGUAGGGCAUAUCUUAAACGUAUCAUAAAUGUUUGCAGAUUUCUACUAAUUCUCACCUGUUCAAGUUCUGUGCAAAAGUGUAGAAGUUGGUAUUCUAACUUUACCCAUUUCUGUACUGUUAAGUUUGAAAAAAAGUAUUUAAAGUAUAGCAUGUCAGUUAGGAUUAGUGGAACGUAAAACUACGUUGCCUACCUCAUUGCAGUGCUCUCAGUCUGGCUGCUUUCAUGGAACCAUGCCUCCUUAGGUCAUAAUUACUGUAUUUUUUGCUCUAUAAGACUCACUUUUUCCCUCCUAAAAAGUAAGGGGAAAUGUGUGUGCGUCUUAUGGAGCGAAUGCAGGCUGCGCAGCUAUCCCAGAAGCCAGAACAGCAAGAGGGAUUGCUGCUUUCGCUGCGCAGCGAUCCCUCUUGCUGUUCUGGCUUCUGAGAUUCAGAAUAUUUUUUUCCUUGUUUUCCUCCUCCAAAAACUAGGUGCGUCUUAUGGUCUGGUGUGUCUUAUGGAGCGAAAAAUACGGUAUCCUGCCUUUACUUACAGAGAUCGGCAUUACCAUUAUCCUUUGCAGGUGAUGGUGCUUCAAAACUUUCCAUAAGGAUUUGAGAGACUUGAGACUGUGGGCCUGUUUAGAUGUUAUCUCUCCCCUUGCUUCUGUAUAUGUGAGAUCAGAGGGAAACUUUGGGCUUGUGUGCUUACUCCCUUUGCUUCAGUCACCAUGCAUGCAUAGACGAUGUCGAAACCUGGAAAUCCUAUGGGGUUUUUUUAAGAGUAUGCCUCUAAUGUUCAAAAGGGAAUCAGUGUUGAAAUAAUUGUUGGAUCUCACAGUUGGAUGUUAACUUUUAUGUGUGGUGAGGAAGUUUUGGUAAUCCUGGGACCGUUCCACAUUUCUCUGCAUGUAGAUGUUGUGCCGCCCUCAGUUCCAUGUUUCUCUGUUGCACUGUGGGAGGUCAUGGUGUAUGUACUGCUACCUCAUAUGCACAGCUGCAAUAAGACUGAAAAAUUGGGAACCUAGCAACUUCAUUGGCUUUCAAAUGAAUUUACAAAAUACAGUUAUUGUGUUGUUUUUGUUAAAAAGCCAUCUUCCUGGCCCUUACUCAAUGCUAAAGGGACUAUUUGCAUUAUCAGCAGCUCCGGAGUUGCUGAGUCAUGAGUCUUGCACAGAACCUUUGAGUCAGCAAUUGCACCAUCUUUGCAUGCUGCAGUAACUUGAUCUAGAUUUCCUUGAGGAUAUUUACAGACUCAGUUGAUUUGGAAACACUGAGAAGAACCUUGAAAUCGUGUGUUCCAUAGCAGGUAUCAUUACAUUCCCCAAAUGCAGAACUGAUUUAUUACCCUGAAGGUCAAAGAUAGCCCUUUAAUAUUUAAUUUAAGGAUAGAUUUUAAUUAAUUUUUAAAUUUAAAUUUAAAUUGCCCAUAUGUGGAGACUUGAAACUGAGAUGAAAUAAUUUAGAAAUAAUUGCUGCAAGACCAACAUAUAAUUGCUUCUUUGUGACCUUUGCAAUAAGCCUUUUGGAAUGCGCAAACCAUAGCAUACAAUUUUACUGAAAGCACUGGCUGACCGCAGAGGCAUUUGGGCCUUCUGUUAUUAUCUUAACAGUUUUGUGCCAGAGUAGAGUUAGUAGUAUGCUCUUCCUGUGUUCCUUAGUGACCAGAGAGAAUAAGUACAUCAUUACAUAUCUGGCUAAUUUGCUUUGUCAUUUACUUUCUUGAUCAGCUAGUAAUCAUUAUUUUGUUCGUCUUCUCACAGGGCAGUGUUUUCCAGAGAUCUUUAUUUUAUGCAUUGAUCUUAGAAAACAAAGUGAAGAUAGCAACUCUGGUUUCAGAUAGAAAUACAGUGGUACCUCGGGUUACAUAUGCUUCUGGUUACAUAUGCUUCAGAUUACAGACUCUGCUAACCCAGAAAUAGUGCUUCAUGUUAAGAACUUUGCUUCAGGAUGAGAACAGAAAUCGUGUUCCGGCGGCAGCAGGAGGCCGCAUUAGCUAAAGUGGUGCUUCAGGUUAAGAACAGUUUCAGGUUAAGAACGGACCUCCGGAACGAAUUAAGUACUUAACCCGAGGUACCACUGUAUAAUAGAUUCAGAUUGUACGUCAUAUUACUUAAAUCCAGUGCUUUUUUUCUUAAAAAAACAAAGUUUAGGGGUACUCUCAUUUUGACUUGAGAAAAUCACCAUUUUAUAGUUAAAAUCGGGAAAAAUAAAUACAGUAAAUGGACAAAACUACGAAGAUUCACAAAAUGUAAAGGGGUAUGCGUCCCCCCAGAAAAAGAGCACCCCUUAAACCACAGACUCCUAGAUUAUCAGUCAAUUGACUAUAUUUCUAACUCCUCUGUAAAUAUUGUGCUCUUCUUUUAAAAGAACAAUAGAUUAUUAUUAUAAUAAAAACAUGUUAGUAGGUAUUUUGGCUCUUAAAACAUCAUAAAUGAAGCAGAUACGUCUAUAGUUCAUUAGAAUAUAGGACUGAUGAUUCCUCAAGAACUUUCCUUCGCAACAUUAGUUAAAGGUUUGAAUUCUUAAAAAUUCUAAUCCUACUCACUGAGUGGAAAGUUUAGCUGAAUCUUAGCUGAAUCUGUUUAGAACUGCAGCUUUAAUUCAGUGUAGCUUUUUGUUUGUUUGUUUUAUUUAGGAAGGAGAAAUACAUGCUUCUUGUACUUUCCUUAAAAAAUGCUGGAAUUCAAGGAGACUUGCUUUUUGUCCUGAAUAGACUUUAUGCAUACACCCAAGCGAUCACUUACCUUAUACAGUCCAGGUGAACGCUAACCCUUUUAUAAACAAAUUGCAAAAACCUUAAAUGAAGCUGUCCAUUUUAUUCCUCAGGGAGGAGAACACUGUUACUAUCACGGGAACAUCAGAGGUGUCGAGAACUCCAAAGCUGCGCUUUCAACAUGCAAUGGACUCCAGUAAGUACUGGUAUUAUCACAGAACCAUAGAACUUUAGAGUUGGAAGGCACCCCAAGUCGAACCCUCUGCAAUUCAGGAAUCUUGCUAGUUUAUGUAGUUGCAGGGACGUCUUUACCAUUGGGCGUAGUGGUGCGGUGAGCCAGGGCGACAAGCGGUGGAGGGCACCAGGCGGAGAGUCUGGGGAGGGGAGAGUGGGGAGAUAAGCGAGGUGGAGCAGGGGCUUGGUGCCUGCGUGCCUCCAGCGCCCAUCGGAGGUGGGAAGGCUCCAGAUGCUUUCCCGCAGUCCAGAUGUGCUGGUCUCGAGGGCUAACCGUGAGGCGAGGUCCGAGUCCAGUCCGAGGUUGAGGGUGCAGUAUGGAGGCAGUCCGUCAAAGCUGAAGCUGGGUCCAAGGCAGGGAGUCGGGUGAGGUCAGGAGCUCCGGCAGAAAAGCAGGACAUGGUGCAGGCAGGAACAGGCUACCAACAAUGUUGCUCCCACAACUUGGGACUGGGGCUGGCUGGCUUUUAUCUGCCCCGAGGCAUAGGGCGGCCCCGGUCCACAGGUGACUCGCCUCUCCUGGCCUGGAGGUGAGCACUCCUCCUGUGGGAACUUAGUUCCCCCGCCUCUCUGCCCUGAGCCUCUGCAGCUCAGGAGAGGCUGGAGGGUUACCGGACCCAGAGGCAACCUCACUUUCCCCCUGACGGGGCUGAGAGUGGAGCACCUGCAGGCAAUGGGUCCUCCAUCACCUCAGGAGCCAGAGCAGACUCAGUUGGUGCCUGCACCUGAGGAUCCAGCACAGGUGAGGACCCUUCAGGCUCAAGCCCCAGCCCCGGCUCAGCUGGUUCUGGAGGCGGGGAAUCCUGUGCAGGCUGGGAUUCCUCAGGUUCAGCCUCCAAGUCCGAAUCCCAGGCCAUCACACCGGAGCUCUCUUCGCUGGCUCUGCGACACACCACCUCCUCGGUUGCAUCCCAAGCUCUGUGCAUAAUAAAUGUGACUCUAUCACCGCUUCUCCCUGUCCACUCCAAAAGAUCCCCGCGCUCAAGGCUACACGCUGCAACUGCUGCCCCCAGCGCCCCUCCCUCCUUCCCCGGCUUCUCCACCCCAUGCACAGAGCCUGCCUCCUCCCGCUGCCCCCACCACCUCUGCACUCCUUCACACGAACCGCAUUUCCUUCCCCUGUCCAUCCCCUUCCACGCUUUCUCCUCCCCCCCUUCCUCCCCAAGCAAGGACGGCAAGACUGCAACUGAGUGAGCGUGCUUCUCCGCUGCAUCGACACGGACGGCCCAGUUCACUUUGCCUGUCUCUGCCCAGACGAGACCCCCGCCUGCCUCCCGUGCCACCCCCAUCAUGCCCGGCUGCCCAGCCCCACACCAUGAUCCCACCGUGGGAGCCGAUGCCCAGCCACGCGCGAGCAGCACGGGGCAACAGCGUGAGGGCGGGAGCAGUCUUUCCUAAAAAACUUUAGCCCCCCCCCAAAAGGUCAGCAACUCGGGGGGAGGGGGGUCGCCGGAGGGAUCUUUGCAGCAUGGCGCCGGAUAUGCUUAAGAUGGCCCUGUAUAGUUGCAACAUAGUUACAGGAUGGGAUGGUGGGGAGGUGGGGAAGUCUCCCUCUCCUGAUGAGCCCCUCUGAUGCUUCUGCGGCCACCUCACAGUCAGUGAAUGCUUUAAGGAAUUGUGGAGGAAGGUGAGAGGCUUGCAGAGAAGGUGCGCAGGGUGGGUGGCCAGGAAGGGGUUAUUUGGGAAGUCUCAGAUUUAUUUCCAGUUCAAUCAAAGGUGAGCAGCUGAUGUGAAUGCUUGGAUGAACCAAGGGGAUCUUCCUAGACACCCAUAUUUUUAACUAUGUUUCUGAUUCUAUGGUUCUGCGGAGCUGAGUGUUAUUUUAAUUUCAGGUAGGUAGCCGUGUUGGUCUGACACAGACGAAAUAAAAAAAAAAAUAGUCGGGGAGCACCUUAGAGACCAGCUAGGUUUGUUCUUGGUAUAAGCUUUCAUGUGCAUGCACACUUCUUCAGAUACACUGAAACAGAAGUCACCAGACCCUUAUAUAUAGUGGUGGGGUGGGGUUUUUCUCAGGAGGGUAGUAGGAGAUGGGUGAUUGACCGAAUGGGUAUAGUAAACCUGUUGACAACUGUUAAUGACUGCAAUUAGUCCAACAGGAAAAAGCAAGGGUAGUAUGCAGAUGACCAGAAACAGCUUUAGCAUGUGUAAUGAGACAAGAAUCCAAUAUUCAGACCAGGUCUUUCCAUAGUUUUCAGUAUAUAAACCCUCCCACUACAGUCAUACCUCGGGUUGAAGUAGCUUUAGGUUAAGCAUUUUUGGGUUGUGCUCCGCGGUGACCCGGAAGUAACAGAGCGUGUUACUUCCGGGUUUUGCCGCUCGCGCAUGUGCAGACACUCAAAAUGACGUCAUGCGCGGAAGCGGUAAAUCGCAACACGCGCCUACGCGGGUUGCAUUUGCUUCAGGAUGCGAACGGGGCUCUGGAACGGAUCCUGUUCGCAUCCAGAGGUGCCACUGUAUAUAUAAGCGUCUGGUGACUUUUGUUUCAGUGUAUCUGAAGAAGUGUGCAUGCACACAAAUGUUUAUACCCAGAACAAAGUUAGUUGGUCUCUAAGGUGCUACUGGACAAUUUUUUAAUUUUUUAUUUAUUUAUUAUGUUAUUUUAAUGUUAUUGAUGGUUAUCACUAUUCAUUUUUUUCUGGUUUUAAGAUUAUGUUUUAUAUAUUGCUUAAUGGUUUUGGAAGCCUCUUUGGGAGUGUUUGCCCUAAACAGUCUUAUAACUAUAUUAAAUAAAUGGAUGGGCGCUGUACUCAGAUAUUCCAGUCUGAAACAGUACUGAUGAUUCUGUAAAUGCCUACUCUGGUAUAGCUUCCUUGACUUGAUUAUCUUAAAUCUAUGUUUUUUCUUAUAUUCUAGUGGUAUGUUUGAAGAUAGUUAUUACCUAUAUUUGAUAGAGCCUUUGGAAUUGACUCACAGUACGGUAAGUUAAUACUGAGCUAUGUAGGUGUUGUUUUGGUUUGUUAACUGAUAGGCUUGAAUAGAAGAUAAGAAUUCUGUAGGUUAGUAAUAUGUUUGCAAACUGCAAUUCCAUCUACACAUAUAGUAGUACUCAUUUGCAGUUAAGAUUUUGAAAUAGAUGCAAAUGCUCAGAUUUAAAGUUAUAUUUCAGCUUACAAAAGAAAGGGGUGGGGAAACAAAAAAGGGGGAGGUAAUUAUUUGCUUGCUUAAAUUACAACCUCAUAAACAAAAAUGGACACAUAUAUGACUGAAGAUCAGAAACAUCUUGCCAGCAAUCAGCAGGAGAAUCCAGGUUUCAGAGACUUUUGUCAUCUAAAUGCAUAUUCAUAGAAUAUGAAGAUUAUUCUUUAUUCUUUAAAUAAGGUAAUGAAUAUUCAAAUAUAGCAAACAAAAUCAGUUGUACAUAAAUCAGAUUCCCCUUUUCCCUUGAAGGCUUCCAGCUUCAGGGAAACUCUGAUUCAGUAGAUAGACUUUAGGCAAACUUCAGAGGAUCAGGACUAUUCCCUUGUAUCUGAAGAUGUGGUGUGGAUAAUAGAUACAGGUCCCCCCACGUGAGGCUCUCUGCCCCAGCCUCUUCCUGCUCACUAAACCCUGUUUCCUCUUCAGCUUCCGAAACUUCCUCCUCCCAGUCUUCUCCAUCUAACUGCUUACUGUCAUCCCACCUCCAGUCUGCUGGCUCUGAGCCUUCUUCCCCUGGGGGUUCUUUUAAGGGUUCCCCAGCUGGUGCCUCCCCCCCACUCCUCUGCAUCUAGCCAAGUCCAUGACGGAAGGAGAGGGGAGAUUGUUUCAUCAGCACAAGCAUUGCUGCUUGCCAGACAGAACAAUAAUAAUGGCAUGACAUUGAACUCCUCACUAUAUCACGUAGUGUGGCUUUGCACAGUUGGGUUAAUUGAUUAGGCUGUUGCCUAAUAAGUUAAUUUAAAGGGUGGAGCUUCAUACCCAUGAACAAUACAGUGGUGCCUCACAAGAUGAAAUUAAUCCGUUCCGCGAGUAUCUUCGUCUAGCGGUUUUUUCGUCUUGCGAAGCAACCCUAUUAGCGGCUUAGCGGAUUGGCGCUAUUAGCGGUUUAGCGGCUAUUAAAGGCUCAGCCGCUUAGCGGAUUAGCUGCUAAAAGGCUAUUAAAGGCUUAGCGGCUUAGAAAAAGGGGGGGGAAAAAAUCUCAAGACUCGCAAGACAUUUUCGUCUUGCGAAGCAAGCCCAUAGGGAAAUUCGUCCUGCGAAGCGCAUUGAAAACGGAAAACCCCUUCGUCUAGCGGGUUUUCCGUCUUGCGAGGCAUUCGUCUUGCGGGGCACCACUGUAUUCCAUAAAUUAGAGUGUCUUGACCUUGAAUUUGUCCCAUGAAUGACAGACCUGUUUUUCUCUUUUGUUACAGAGAAGUACAGGGAGACCACAUGUCAUCCAGAGGACGCUGGGAACAAAUACUUCCAAGCAAUUGGAAGACCUUGGUAUGGGACUUUUGAUACCCUUUUGCAGUGAUAUUUAAUGCUAUACAGUGGUACCUCAGGUUACAUAUGCCUCAGGUUACAGACUCUGCUAACCCAGAAAUAGUGCUUCAGGUUUAGAACUUUGCUUCAGGAUGAGAACAGAAAUCGUGCUCCGGCGGCGCGGCGGCAGCAGCGGGAGGCCCCAUUAGCUAAAGUGGUGCUUCAGGUUAAGAACAGUUUCAGGUUAAGUACGGACCUCCGGAACGAAUUAAGUACUUAACCUGAGGUACCACUGUACAACGACUUUGUCAGUUAUAAAUCAUUUAACUUUCUGCUGUAACAGAAAGGAAGUUUAGGGAAGUUUUUAAUGUUUAAGGCUGUAUUGUUUUUAACACUUGAUUGGAAGCCGCCCAGAGUGGCUGGGGAAACUCAGUCAGAUGGGCGGGGUAUAAAUUAUUAUUAUUAUUAUUAUUAUUAUUAUUACUACUACUACAAGGGCUGAAACAAUUGGUGGUUGUCUGUAUUUGAAUGCUGCAGCAUUAGAAACCUCUUCGGAUGUUCUUUGAACGUGUGCAGAAAUAAAAUGCGGAGGUGGAGCAGGACUGCGCCUGUUUCCAUCAGUGUCUCCAUCCUUACUGUUUCCAACCCUGCGUGUGGCAUAUUGAGCAGAAGAUCUGAAGAGGGAUCCUUUGCACAUUUGGCGAACACACUUAGAAUCCUUCCUGUGGUUAAGAGCCUCAUGUAACCAGGGUUCCUGAUUGUGGGGGUGAUUAUAAGCAUGUUUAGCCAAACGUGAAAACUCUCCUUUCAGCCCUUCCUUCUGAAUGAGCAAAGGUGGGAUGUGGAGUCUGUGGAGAUGGGGACUUGGAGGGUGGGUCUGGUGAAUAUGCUUCUGCUCGCUCUCCAUGCAUUAUUCUCCCACACUUCUGAAGAAUGCCUGGAGGCAGGGGUGACCUGAGGGGUUUCAGCACCUUAGGGGAAGCACCUCGUUGCCACCCCCAUGAUGGGGGGGCGGGCAAACUCCACAAGAGCUUCUGCCCCUCCUGGGCAGAAGGGGUGAUUCCCCCCUCCCUGGCUUGGCUGCAAAACGGGGUGGCGGAACAACCCCCUUUUGCCAACUCAGCAGGAGGGGAGGUGUUCCACAGAGCUUUGCCACCAGUCCCUCUCUGCCCCAAGAUUCGGGGAAACCAGCUGGGCAACAGAAAGUGGAUGAUGUCUUGGAGGGGUGCCACCAGACACAGCUGCCUCACCCUGCCUUAUGGGUGGGCUGGCUCUGCCUGAAUGAGACCAACAUGCUCAAUUUCCCUGCAGAACUAGGUAAAGGUAAAGGGACCCCUGACCAUUAGGUCCAGUCGUGGCCGACUCUGGGGUUGCGCGCUCAUUUCCACUUUAUUGUCCGAGGGAGCCGGCGUACAGCUUCCAGGUCAUGUGGCCAGCAUGACUAAGCCGCUUCUGACGAACCAGAGCAGCGCACGGAAACGCCGUUUACCUUCCCGCCAGAGCAGUACCUAUUUAUCUACUUGCACUUUGACGUGCUUUCGAACUGCUAGGUUGGCAGGAGCAGGGACCGAGCAACGGGAGCUCACCCCGUGGCGGCGAUUCGAACCGCUGACCUUCUGAUCAGCAAGUCCUAGGCUCUGUGGUUUAACCCACAGCGCCACCUGCAUCCCGCAGAACUAGGUAGACAUAAGCAAUAUGGUUGAUGAUCUUCCUUCCUUAAAAUAUCCCUUUUUCUUUUUCAAAAAAUAAUAAUGAUUUUUAGUGACAACCUGAUACUUACCUUAAUGGUGAAAAUGUUAGGAUUUAAUUGGCAUCUACAGAUGAGGAAAUCACAUUCCAGUUGUUUAAAAUAUUUUUGCCAGUGCUCAUGGAAUUCUUGCAUUUCAAAAUGUGUAGCUUUUUUAUCCAUAUAUUUUUUUGGUCAGUGUGCAGUAGUUAAACCCCAGUAGUAAAUUAUUCUCUGAUUCUGGUAGUGCCACCCAUAUUGAUUCUCUGAAGGAAUCUGUCCCUUUUUGAUUUCUAGUUAGUUGGACUCUGUGUCCUCUGAUGCCACAACUGAUGGAGCACUGGUAGUGUGAAUCAGUGUGUGAUUUUGGGUAGUCAUGGACACCAGGGAUAGGAUUAAGGAGGCCGUUCAGUGGUUCCAAGGUGAAAGAGCUACAUGCAGAAACUGUGUCUGAGAACAAUUUUGGUAAACGGCAGUAAAUAAAGUUGUCAGCUAAGCACGUUAAACAACAAAAAUCAUGUCUAAAUAAACCUAAAUAGGUUUAGCCCUUUUUAAGGGGGUGAAGAUAGAGAAUUUGGGGGACAGCACAGCUGAUUUUGUAAGCUAAUCUGCUGCUCCCUACAUAUGACCCCUGCAAUUGCAAUUUGAGACAGCAGUAGUGGUAAGGCCAGCCCUGCAUGGAAGGCCAGAAAAAAUAUAUAGAUCUAGGCAGCCCAUUUCUUCAAGAAGCACCACAGUUUGCUUGCACAACAUGGCUAAGAAUGGCGGAUUUGAAAUAGACCUCUAGGUUGCCAGAUCUUGGGGGAAACAAAGGAUGGAGUCCAUCAGAGAGGAGAAACAGAAGAAGCGCCAGUGCAGGGGUGGAAAGGAGACACAAACUGUUAGACGCACAGGAAAUUGAUUUAUUGGCCAAUUUGAUAAAGCUGUGGGUAAUAUCCCAUGAAGCUGAAACUUCUUUGCUAUUGUUUUUUUCUUCCAUAGAUUAUGACUCUACUUCUGAAUGGCCCUUCCUGUCUGAGUUGCAAUGGCUAAGACGGAAAAGAAGGAGGAGAGCUGUGAGUGUUAUCAGUAAUGCUGUGUCAAUCACACAAUUUUCAAAUAAGUGUAUUUCUUCUGUGUUCCUGGCAUAAGAGAAAAGAGGCAGAAGCUAAAAUUAUCUUACAUUGGAUAUAUAGCUGCACUCAAAUUGAUGAUUUGCUGUUUCCUACCAGUAAAGAUUGAAGAGACCCAGUGUACAGUCUGUAUAAUUGCAUAUUUUUGUGGGUUCAGAAAAACCCAGAAACAAGUAAACAAGUUUGAAAGAUGCAAAAGAAAAGGAGGUGUGCGUACAGAGAUCAAAUUGAAUUGUUAUGCAAAUCACUAAUGAUAGCAUGAAAUGGUGCACGAAAAGCUGGUGUAAAGAAUGAAGAAAAUUAUAAUUUCAUCCUGAAAUACUGCAAGCCCUCCUCUUUAAAUAGUAGUUUGCUCAGGAUUUGGGAUAAAUUCAAGGACUGAGUUAGCUAAAUCACCAUUUGCUGCUGGAAUGUAUGUUUUAGAUUUUAAUCUUAAUAUAGAAUUAGAGCCUUUUACACCAGGGGUUGCCAAUUUUGUGGGGACCAACAGGUGCAUUGAAGUUUUAAGAUCGUGCCACCAGUCUCAAAAUGGCAUAGCACAAAAUGGCUGCUACGUCUGUAAGAGCAGAAAAAAGAUAGGACCACAAAAUGGUGUGGCCAUGCACCUCCCAUUGGCCUCUCCCAUCAGUGGGUGAAAAGGCACCCACAUCAGCCUCUACUGCACAUGCUCACAGAAGGAAGCUUUUGUGCACCUUUUCUGCACCUCCCACAUGAUCAGAGCAGAAGGGAAGGUGGGUGUCUAAUCCAGACAUCCAGUGUAGUGUUGGUAUGUUGAAGGGAGGGGUGUUCAGUGUAGGAGAGGCCGAGCCAGAGCAAACAGAAACUGAGCAGGAAGAGCAGCCUCUUGUGUAAUGUGUAUUUUUGAGAAGAUACCUUCCACUGGGUGCCACUGAAUGUACUGGUGGGCACACUGGCAUGUGCGGAUGCCACGUUGAAGACCCCUGUUUUGCACUGCCAGGCAGUAAUGACUAAACACAUGAAACUGCCUUAUGCCUUAUGAAUGUCAGAUCAACAGUACUACCCUGACUGGUAUCUGAUUCCAGGCAGAGCUCUUUCCCAGCUCUUAACAGUGGAAGCUGCUCUGUUAGGGCAAUGCCCCAUUAACCUGCCCUUCAGCUACCACUUGCCUGCCCUUUUACCUGCAACCAGCCCAGGGCAGGGGGUAGCCCUGGCUAUCAGCUUCCUCCCCGAUAGCCUUGGUGUUGCUCUUGUAGCAGGGGGAAGGAUAGGGACAAAGCUAGAAUCGGUUGGCUCUGCCAGUCAUUUGCUCUGCCUCCACUAAUUGUUGGCCCCUCUGCCUUUCCCCCUUACUAGUCCCAAUGAGCACCAGCAACCACUGCCCACUGCCUUAGGUAUUAUUGACUGAAGAUGCCAGGGACUAAGCUUGGGACUUUGUAAUAAAGUUUAAGCUCCACUCCAAUGGAUAUGAUUUGUAAAAUGGCCAUGGAACAGAUCAGAAGAACAAACAUGCCAAUGAAAUGAAUAUAUUAUAGUAAGAAAUGCUGUCAUUAAAAUAUAUAAUCCUAAACCCUUGAGAGGUUUCAGUUGAAUCAGGUUUAGGUCCACAGAACAGCAUUGCAUGGCAAUUGAUAAAGCAACCCUAAAUUCAUUUUUAAAAAUCCAACUAUAGCUUUUAAAAUCCUUCAGGUUUCCCGUGGCAUAUUUGAAGAAAUGAAAUACUUGGAGCUCAUGAUUGUUAAUGACUAUAAAAUGGUAAGCUGGCUGUAUUAAUUAAUUCUAUUGUUAUCUAAUUUAGUUACAAUAUGCCCUCUUUUUUACACUUAUUGUCUGCUGCAAAUGUUAUUUACUGAUACAACUUCCUCUAUUUAUUACAGUUACUGAAAUCCUACCUUUCAGGAGGAGGGGUAGGAAAGAAAUGAUAAAUGAUGAUAAAUCCAAUGUUUUGCUGUUGUUAUCUUCAUUUAUUACCCAUCCUUCGCCUUAAGACUCUAGGUGGCUCAGAACAAUUUAAAGUGCAGCAUUAAAAAUAGUUUAAAACAAAUUACAACCAGAAGAAUAUUGUUGAUUCUAAAAAUAUACAUCUUGGGCCAAGGAAAAUAAGAUAAAUUGUCACCUUCCUGAUUUAUGUUCAGAUUGCCCUGGCCCUGACCACCCAUCAAAUUUGGCACCUGAGACUGAUCCUGAUAAGGAUCUGGCCUGUGAAGCCAAAAAUGUUCCCUACCCCUUAAGGCCUACAUAAUUUAGUUAUCAUGUUCCAUUUUAAACACUUUACUGAUUUUAUCUGUGUUUUAGUAUGUAUACUUGUUUUUUCACCGUACUGUGAAUAAUAGCUGCUUUUAUCAAUAAUUUUAUUAUGUACACAGGUUAUAUAGUUUUGUGAUUAAGUGGUACAUAAUUUUUUCCAAGUAAUAUAUAAAUCUGUUUUGAUAGUCUGAUUCACAGCCUCGCAAUAGUAUUGUUGCACUUAAAGGCGGAAUUGAGAGCAAAUGCAAAGGAGACAUGGGACCACUAGCUCCAGGAAUCAAAUAUAUUUUCAAAGUGAAACUGAUGGGGGAAAGUUGUUGCAGUUAACUAUUUUAUAGUAGUUCUCCCCCUUUUCUUCAUGACACAAAUGCUUGUGAAUUCCAUAAACGUUAGCAGUUCAAGAGGAAAACACUGAUUAGCAGAGCCGCUGUUUGUUCUUUGCAUUGCCAGGAGGCAAACCUCUUGAUCAAAUUAUGAUUUAACAUUUUUCUUCUAGUUUAAAAAGCACCGAUCAUCCCAUGCUUACACGAACAACUUCGCGAAAUCUGUGGUAAAUCUUGUGGACGCUGUAAGUAUUGCAGUAAUUGGUACAAUUAAUGCCUCAUGAUUCAACAUUUGACUUUGCAGACGUUGGGAUGAAAAUAGUGGUGACAGAGGAUGUAAACUUGCACAACCUUGGGAGCACGAACCAGUAUAUACCAAUGGCAAUCCUACUAAUCCUUAUGUAGCCAAAAGGGAGGUAUCAGGAGGCCUGGAGGAACCUCUGUAGAUCAAUAUAAAAAAUUGGGCUGGGUGGGGGUGUCAAAUACCCCAAAACAGUGAGGACUAGGUGUGAUUAGUGUUCACAGAACUCUGACUGACUGGGUGUGUGGUGGUGGGGAGGCUACAACUAAAAACUAGGAAAGGAGAAUGUAAUAAAGUAUCCUGGAAAACGUUUAUGCAGGCCAAACGGAAUAAUGAAUGGGAGAACUCCAUGCUGCAGCAUUUUGCUGCAGGUUCCACUUGUGACUUUUUAGUUCUCAUUUUAUUUACAUCCUGCUGUAUCAUUAAACCAAAAAACAUCGGUUUACAACAAUAUACGGUAAAACCAGAACCGAACAACAAAAUUACAAAAAGUUAAAAGCAGAAACAAAUUAAAAACGAAACAUCAAAAGACCAUUGUGGGGGAUGUACCAUAUUUUUCCGUGUAUAACACAACCUCAUGUAUAAGACGACCCCUAUUUUUGGAAACCCUCAACAGUUGUUGAGCUUCUUUUGUAAGUUCACUGAGCUGUUGAGCAGCUUUUCGACGAUCCCCUGCUCUGGCUGACGGAACUGGUGCUGUAAUACACUGCAUAAUAAUAAUAAUAAUAAUAAUAAUAAUAAUAAUUUUUAUUUAUACCCAGCCCAGGCCGGGCUCAGGGCAGCUAACAAGCAAUAAUAUAAACAAGUUGAAUGAAUACAACUUAAAAACAAGAUUAAAAUACAACAUUAAAAUAUUGAAACAUUAAAAAAUUAAAAUGCAGCCUCAUCACUGGAGGAGAAAGGAAAAAGAAAAAAGAAAGAAGGGGAGGGAAUCAGAUUGGCUCCAAGCCAAAGGCCAGGUGGAACAACUCUGUCUUACAGGCUCUGCGGAAAGAAAUCAGAUCCUGCAGGGACCUGGUCUCAUGAGGCAGAGCGUUCCACCAGGCCAGAGCCAGUGUUAAAAAGGCCCUGGCUCUGGUUGAAGCUAAUCUAAUUUCCUUAGGGCCCGGGACCUCUAGGGUGUUGCUAUUUAUUGACCUUGAGGCUCUACCGGGAGAGGCGGUCCCGUAGGUACGAGGGUCCUAGGCCGUGAAGGGCUAGGUCAAAACCAACACCUUAAAUCUGACCCUGUACUCCACCAGGAGCCAGUGCAUACUGGCACUCACCAAAUAUUCUUCCUAAGCCUGGAAGAGCGGGUAAGCAGCCUCCUCUCCAUUUCCCUGCUACCGCCGCAGCACCAGCCCUCGCUUACUUAGCAUAUAAGACAACCCUCAAUUUAUCACAAAAAAAAUCAGAAAAAAGGUUGUCUUAUACAUGGAAAAAUACAGUACUCUUAAUGGCAGAAUAGAAAAGUUUUCAGCGGGCAUUAAGAAGUUGCCACCCAAGACCAAUUCAGUUCAAUAAGUAGGUCACCAAACGUUAUAUGAGACGUCAACACAUCAUGCCCAGUUAAAUCACCCGGGCCAAGACACAAUCCAAAGAAACAUGCGACAACAAACCUGAAGUGAUGUGGAGCCUACUGUAAUAAUGGUGUCUGUGUAUAUAACACCUUGAUUAACAUAAUUUUCUAAAUAUUGUUAUGGUCUUCUGUUAAACUUAAGGUUAAAUGCUGUGAGACCCCAUGAUAUUAAUAAUUAGGGCCUCCUCCAGAAUUCCACCCCGACUAACUGGAUAAGUUUAUGAAACUAAAUGGCACACUAAAGUAAAAUCUUAUUUUUAAAUGUACCCACAGACAAAGAUAGGAUUCCAGGACAAAUACUUUACGUCUGCACCCUUGAACGUACACAGAGCAGUUUCCUCUUUGCCCCUCAUCCCUUAACCAGGGGCAGAUUUGCAGUAGAGUUGGGAAAAGUUGGGAUGCCGUGGUGGUGCACAGACUACUAUAUAUUGCAUUCUACAUUAUUCCUCUGCAAUACACCUCAGGGUUAGUUAGGGCAGCUUCCAGAUUUGUACGGCAGGCAAUAGUGUUGGACUUGUAGGAAGGAAUAUUGCUGUGCUCCCGCUCCCCUGAACUUUCCAAGCUCUGAACGUCCAAUCUCACUGAACUUUCCCUUGUUGUUUGUAUCAGAGCUUAGCGAGCACUCUGCUGAGCCAAGGAAGGAUUCCGGCUUGAGCAGCAUAUAGUUGCACUCCUCUUCCUCCGCCUCUUCCCAAAAUGAGCUGUGGGGCUUUACACAGCAUGUCCCACAUCAUACUGUAGGAACUAAAUCAGUUAGGGAACCUCCAGCCUGCAGACCUGUUUGGGCCAGCCAGCACUUGGGCUCACAAGAAUGCUUGCGCCAACCCGUGUCUACCUUCCCUGCAUCUGAUGUCAUCUGAGGGGCAAGUAAGGGGUUGUGCCCAAAGGAUACUACCAAUUGGCAGUGCCUUCAAAGCCUCUUCUGCACCACUUCCCAAGUGCCUUGCAACCAGUGCUUCAGAAGCACUGCAGAAAGCGCUUUGCAAUCCCCACGCUCAGGGAUCAGCUAGUUGUCAGGCAUUUGAGAAGCGCUGCACAAAGUACCGUAUUUUUAAAUGAAGGGGAAAUAUGUGUGCAUCCUGUGGAGCGAAUGCAGGCUCCUUGGCUUCAGCGAUAGCAACGCAAAGCCUCCGAAGCGCAGAGGGACAGCUCCCCCCACACUCCGGAGGCUUCGCGUUGCUUUCUCUGAAGCCCCCGGAGGGCAGGGAACGCCCGCUGUGCUCCGGGAGCUUCAGGCAGCUAUCUGCAAGCUUUCGGAGCGCAGCAGGAGUUCCCACCGUGCUCCAAAGGCUUGCGGAUAGCCGCCUGAAGCCUGGAGAGCGAGAGGGGUCGGUGCACACCAAUCCCUCUUGCUCUCCAGGCUUCGCUUCGCUGGAGAGGCGCUGCACAGUUUUCCCUCUCUGCGCAGCGCCCCUUCAGUGAAGCGGGAGGAGAAAUGGAAGGGGCUCUGUUUCUCCUGCCGCUUCGCUAAAGGGGCGCUGAGCAGAGAGGGGGAGAAUUUUUUCCCCCCUGUUCUCCCCCUCCUAUGGUCCGGUGCAUCCUAUGGUCCGGUGCAUCCUAUAGAGUGAAAAAUACGGUACUUUGCAAGUCUUAUGCUCAGUACUUCCCAAGCUUAGGACAGGUAGGGUUGGUGAAAGAUGAAGAACUAGUGCAGUAAAUAAGAUGACUCUACGUAAUCAUUUGCAGUGUUGAAUUUAGUGCAAUGUUGAUUCUUUUAAAGGAGACUGGAGGUGUAUUGGCUAAUUGUAUUCCAAUCUUUCCCUCCUGCUUUACCCCUUUUGUCCUUCCACUGACUCUGACUGGCUAACUGUGCACGUUUUGACCCAGUGUUCUACUCCUGUGCCUGUCCUGUAUCUGCCCACAGAUUUACAAGGAGCAGCUGAAUACCAGGGUUGUUUUGGUUGCUGUUGAAACCUGGUCGGACAGAGAUCGUAUAAAUGUCCACCCUGACCCAAGACAGAUGCUUCAUGAUUUUUCCAAAUAUCGACAGAAUUUCAUCAAGCAGCGUGCGGAUGCUGUACACCUUCUCUCGUAUGUAGCGCAAGCUCUGUUUGGUACAUGGUCUCUCUUUCCUGAAGGCCUCUUUUUCUAGUUCUUAUUCUGUCUGCUUAUUUAUAUCUCAUAGGUAUAUCUUAAAUGUUGCUUCUUUUAGGUAUUUUAUUAUUAUAAUUUUAAAAAAAUACAGAAUGCAGUGGAAUCGUUUUUAUCCUCUCCUUACUGUUGUCUGAAAGAGGAGAAGCCACUGUAGUUCAACAGUAAAACACAUGCUUUGCAUGGGGAAAAAAUCCAGGCUUGGACUUUGACAUUUCUUGCUAGGGCCGUAAUGGAAAUGAAAUUCCUAUUAAUUUACAUGUGACAAAUAAGAAGAUAUUUGAAGGGCAUCGUAUAUAUGGGAGAUAACGCUUUUUAAUAUUGCUUCGUUUAUCUUGUUCUUCAGGAAUGUGACAUUUCAUUACAAAAGAAGCAGCCUGAGCUAUUUUGGAGGAAUUUGUUCUGUGUCUAGAGGUGUUGGAGUAAAUGAGGUAACAUUUCUCUUUUGGAGGUCUUGUGAGGAAGGAAAAAUUUAUGAAAUAAUUCCCUCAACAUAUAUCUUCUUUUUAAACGGUGCUUCUCAUCAUAUGUUCAAAAAUUUCAGAUUUUUUUCAUAGAUAUUCCUGAAAGUCUCAAGCCUGAAAUGCAGUCGACUGAAAAUAAUUUGACCUUUUAUUCUAGUGUCAGCUUAGCAUAGAACACUUGAAUACAGGCUGAAGGCAGCCAUAUCUCACCGUGAGGUACACAUGACAAACCCUCUAUGAGAGGUGAAUUAGUUCUCUUUAUAAUGCUAUUCAUUAGAAAAAAAGAAAGGAAAUCUUCAAACAUUUAAGGGUCCAGUACACUACUGAUAAAGUGGCAUGCUUUGGGUAAAGUCUGUGUUGUGGAUAUUUGCAAAACUGUAAGCUUUGAUUUCUGUCAAUUAGUUCAAUACAGUGGUACCUCUGGUUAUGUACUUAAUUCGUUCCAGAGGUCCGUUCUUAACCUGAAACUGUUCUUAACCUGAAGCACCACUUUAGCUAAUGGGGCCUCCCACUGCUGCUGUGCCACUGCCAUACGAUUUCUGUUCUCAUCCUGAAGCAAAGUUCUUAAGUUCUGUUUCUGGGUUAGCGGAAUCUGUAACCCGAAGCGUAUGUAACCUGAGGUGUAUGUAACCCGAGGUACCACUGUAUCAGUUGUUGUGCUUGGAACUUAGGUUUUAAGAAAGAUUCCGGAAUUCGAAUUUCUCUAAUGCGUUAGGCCUUUUGGACCAUGCUGUCUCCUAGAUUCCUCAUAUUGGAAUCAAAAUGGCCAUUGAGGCAUUAGGUAAAUACUUCUUCUCAUGCAAGGCAUCGUACCUGUUUUAGCUGUUUCUGCCCUACGUGCUGGAGCCCUCUGUGUUAUAUCCCAUAUUGUUCUGGGGGGGAUCCCCCAAACCUAAUAAGCAGCCUUUCAGGUAGCUUGGGGGAAGGCCUGCAGCGAAUAGGAUGAAUCCAUGGAAAUGAGGUGUCCAUCCUUCCAUUUCCUUAUUGCCUCCAUUGAACGGAACCGCACGUUUCUGUUUUGAUUUCUUCAAGUCAGUGCACCCAAAUGGUUGCGUCGAAGUGUCGUUUGACUGCAGUUGGAAAUCGAAAGAUACUUUGGUUGGCCUGCAACUAAGUGUGAAAUAACCUUAAAAGAGUCCUCUGCACAUACAAAAUUUGUUGCUGUUUUUUGAAAGCUCUACGCCAAAGGUGGGGGACCUGAGAUGUUGUUGAGCUACAACUCCCAACACCCCGUCAUUGUGCAUUCUGGCUAGGGCUGAAGUUGAGAGUUGCCAACUUGUAACCCUUCAGAUAUUGUAGAUGUCAGGAAAAUUGUCUAGAGCAAAGCUUUCCAAACUUGUCAUGUUGGUGGCAUGCAUCAUUUAGACAUGCAUUAUUUCACAAUACAGUAAAGGGUAAAGGGACCCCUGACCAUUAGGUCCAGUCGUGACCAACUCUGGGGUUGCAGCGCUCAUCUCGCUUUAUUGGCCGAGGGAGCCGGCGUACAGCUUCCGGGUCAUGUGGCCAGCAUGCCUAAGCCGCUUCUGGCGAACCAGAGCAGCACACGGAAACGCCGUUUACCUUCCCGCCGGAGCGGUACCUAUUUAUCUACUUGCACUUUGACGUGCUUUUGAACUGCUAGGUUGGCAGGAGCUGGGACCGAGCAACGGGAGAUCACCCCGUUGUGGGGAUUCGAACCACGACCUUCUGAUUGGCAAGCCCUAGGCUCUGUGGUUUAACCCAUAGCGCCACCCGCGUCCUUCACAAUACAGUUUCAGUUUUACUAGCAAACCUGAGGAGCAUAGGGAACACCUACACACUGCAGCUGACACACUAAUGCGUUGCGACACACGGUUUGGAAAGCUGUGGUCUGGAGUUUUAUUUAUGCAUGAAUUUGGGGUAUUCUCGCACACAAUAAUGAAUCUCCCUAUCCUAUAUGAUGUCAGUUUUUGUGGUGAGUUAUUGAGGGCUGCAUAAAUAAAAGUUAUUCACAAGGUAACUAUGUAGCAUAUGUUAUACUGACAUUACUGCUUCCAAGUGAAAUCUCUGGCCAUUAGCUGCCAUGGCAACAAAUCACCUGCACAGUACUUGACCAACCCUUUAGUUAUGCAAAGGGCCAUUCUCUGAACAAAAGAGAAUGUACCAGGAUAUCUAUUUUAACAAGUAGAGAGUUAUCUACUUCAUAAAAGGCUGUCUACUUGUAAAAAAAGGAAAGAAAAUGUAGAGUACGAUUCUUUAAAGUGUAAUGAAGACUGUAAGUGUUAGGAACAGCACAAAAACAGUUAAAUGUAUAAUUCACUACAUGAGCAAAAAAUGGGGGAAAUCAUUUUUGCAUGCAGAAUGGGACAAAAGGGUGCAGAGAGUUGAGGCUUUAUGCAAGACAGUGAAGUGGGGAUUUACAAUGCCUAAACAUAUGUUUCCACAUCCCUUCUCUGCACUAUAGCUUUAAGCUGGCUUUACUUAUAUGAAUGGACCAGCUCCAAAAUAUCUUAUCAUACUGUGUGUCAACAUUGCUGUUAUUUUUUAGACUCUUGUAUUCAUUUUGUGAAAAUAAUUAUUUGCUAUCUUUUGGAGGUGUCACUAAUAAAACUGGACCCAAACAUUUUUCAUUUCCAGAAGUAGGUGUUCCUGUUGUUUAAGUGUACAUGUAGUGAAGAGUUUGAGGAUACAAUCCUAAACACACCUGGAAAUAAUUCGGAUUAGUGAGAUGUUUCCACUGUUUUAGGGUCUGAAUUCUGUACAGAAUAACUAGUUAAGCAAACACUUUCUCCUAGAAAUUGCAAUAAUUGAUAGCACUUUGGUGUGCUCUCUACCUGAAUCUCCUUUUCCAACAGUAUGGCCUACCCUGGGCGAUGGCACAAGAACUAUCCCAAAGUCUGGCUCAGAAUUUAGGAAUACAGUGGGAGCCAGGGGCCAGAAAACCAAGUAGGUAUUUGGCAUACAAUCUCUUUUGUUUUUAUGUACAAAUUGAAUUCAUAAAACUUCUACAUAUUUUGGACUUUUUAUUAUGUAUAAACAGGGGUCAGCAAACUUUUUCAGGAGGGGGCCGGUUCACUGUCCCUCAGACCUUGUGGGGGGCCGGACCCACCCCCUCCCAAAAGCCCCCCCCCCCCGCUGAUGCCACUCAGGCUGCAGACGCCAACGCCGCCUCGUCUUCGGCAGCAUCAGCGUCCUCUGUCUCGGCGGGGCGCAGCGCCUCUGCGCCGCUGCCUCUUCCUUCCACUUGGCCACCUCAGCAGGAAUGAAGGGGUGGUGCCCAGAGGCGUCCACAGCUUCUGAUUGGCUGCAGGAGCUUCCUGCAGCCAAUCAGAAGCCAUGCCAGUGUCGCCGCCUGCCCAGAGGCAUCCGCAGCUUUUGAUUGGCUGCAGGAGCUUCCUGCAGCCAAUCAGAAGCCAUGCCAUGCUGCAGAAGUCAGUCUCCGCGCGGCGAGGCCUCCAUGCCUGUUUAGUGCGGAGACUGACUGAGCGGGCGGCAGGGUCUGUAAGGUUUGCGGGCCAGAUUAACGAGUGUGGUGGGCCAUAUCCGGCCCGUGGGCCUUAGUUUACCAACCUCUGUGUAUAAAUAAAGGAUUGGGCCGCAAUAGCUAUUCUGUCCUUUCCUUGCCAUUCCAGUACCAAUCCUCUUCUGGGGUUUGUUGGACUCUAUGCAAACGCCUGGGAUGUGGUGUGCUGAGGUGUGGUGCAGAGGGGAAGGAGAUCAACCAAAAUCAGAUGGAGGCACCUUGCGCAAGCAGACUUUUUACUUGUGCAACUCUGUUCAACACAUAAAGUUCAUAUUAAAGGUUCUGGAAUGACCAUUCGUGUAGCAAAUGAGGCUUCCACCCAUUGCGGUGUUGUAAAACAAUGCAUUUUAUAACCAGCUGCUAAUUAAUUUUUUGUUGUUAUGGAGUAAGGAGAUGCUAUGACUUUAUUGACUUUAUUAUUUUGAUGAACUUGUUUGUUUCAUAUGCUGUUGUGUUUGAUGUUACAGUGAUUGCAGGGUUGGUUGUUUUUUAAUGGUAUCAUGAUUAUUGCAAGCCGCUUUGAGCUAAGCCUUUGUUGUUUGAAAAGUGGAAUACAAAUAUUAAAUGAAUGUAAAUCAACUAACAUAUGUCCUUGGUUGAGGCUUGCCGUGGCUUACUCUUGCUCAUUCAUGUUGUGAUAAACUACCAUUUACUGUGACAUGCAAAUGUGGGCACUGGCCUUGAACUGACACAUAAUAACUUGAGCGUACACUCAGAGGGUAGAGAGCUCAAACUGCAUUCAAGCUGGCAAAGGAACGAUAGAGACUAGAAAAGAAAUGAUCUCUGCUGGAUUUUGUUAAUGAACCUCUAAUGGAAAACAGCAGCUACAGUGGUGCCUUGCAAGACGAAAUUAAUCCGUUCCGCGAGUCUCUUCGUCUUGCGGUUUUUUCGUCUUGCGAAGCAUGGCUAUUAGCGGCUUAGCGGCUAUUAGUGGCUUAGCGGCUAUUAACGGCUUAGCGGCUAUUAACGGCUUAGCGGCUUUAAGAAAAAGGAAACAAACUCGCAAGAACUCUGACGAAACGUCUUGCGAAGCAAGCCCAUAGGGAAAUUCGUCUUGCGGAACGACUCAAAAAACGGAAAACUCUUUCGUCUAGCGAGUUUUUCAUCUUGCGAGGCAUUCGUCUUGCGGGGCACCACUGUAUUUUCUACUAGGGGUACUUUAUCCUAAAACAUAUCUUUAUUUGGUCAUGCAGUGCUUGCUGUAUUCAACACUUCAGACAGAUACGGGAGCGAAAAUGCUUCUUAACCACCCUCCUCUCUUUUACGCGAAGGGUUUAUUUUUUAUUACUCAUAUAUAUUUUUAACUACUUUCAUUCUUGGUUUUGCAUUUUUCAUUUUGUUUCAGAAGGAUGUGAGUGCACAGAAUCCUGGGGUGGAUGCAUCAUGGAGGAAACAGGGUGAGUUGUAAUAAUUGGUACCUUUUACAGAUUUUGUUUCCCCCCCGGUUCUUCAGAACUAAAAUAAGCAGUCUAUGUUUAGACUCGUUUCUGGGCUGCAUGCAGCAUAGCAAGAAUUAUUUACAGGGCUUGGUAAGACAUAAACGGGACCGCCUCUCCCGGUAUGCCCCAUGGAGAGCCUCAAGGUCCAUAAAUAGCAACACCCUAGAGGUCCCGGGCCCUAAGGAAGUUAGAUUAGCUUCAACCAGAGCCAGGGCCUUUUCAGCACUGGCUCCGGCCUGGUGGAACGCUCUGCCUCAUGAGACCAGGGUCCUGCAGGAUCUGAUUUCUUUCCACAGGGCCUGUAAGACAGAGUUGUUCCUCCUGGCCUUUGGCUUGGAGCAAAUUUGAUUCCCUCCCCCUCUUUCUUUUUCCUUUUCCUUUCUCCUUCUGCGAUGAGGUUUCAAUAUUUUAAUGUUGUAUUUAGUUUUGUUUUUAAGUUGUAUUCAUUCAAUUUGUUUUUAUUAUUGCUUGUUAGCCCCCCUGAGCCCGGCCUUGGCUGGGGAGGGCGGGGUAUAAAUAAAAAUUAUUAUUAUUAUUAUUAUUAUUAUUAUUAUUAUUAUUAUAAACCAUGGCUUAACAUCAGUGAACAGCAAACUAGUGCAUCCUGCUCAAUCAUCCCCACUUUGCUGAUAUCCUAGCAUGAGCAGCAGACUACGAACCUGGGAGUACCAUGUCAUCCCAACUGAGAUUAUGGUUUGUUUCUCCCUAAACACACAACAGUCAGCAAGCAAGCAAAGAAUGUGGUUUAUCUAGUGUUUGUCCAGUAAAUUAUUUACUGUGAAGCAUUUUCCUCAUUCUUUUUUUCUGUUUCUUUUUCGGCCUUUCAGUGUCUACCACCCCAGAAAAUUCUCAAGGUGCAGCAUUGCAGAAUACAAAGAUUUUUUGCUCCGAGGGGGAGGUUCCUGUCUUUUCAACAAGCCAACAAAGGUACAUUGAUUUAGGGUGGAACUGGAUCCCAGCAUAAUUUAUCCCUUUGGGGAGAAAAGUGGCUUAGGGAUGGGAGCAAUUUUACAUGGUUAGGAAAGGGUUAAGGAGUGAAAGCUGGCCCAUAAAGAAGGCUGAUCGCUGAAGAAUUGAUGCUUUUGAAUUAUUGUGCUGAAGGAGACUCUUGAGAGUCCCAUGGACUGCAAGAAGAUCAAACCUCUCCAUUCUGAAGGAAAUCAGCCCUGAGUGCUCACUGGAAGGACAGAUUCUGAAGCUGAGGCUCCAAUACUCUGGCCACCUCAUGAGAAGAGAAGACUCCCUGGAAAAGACCCUGAUGUUGGGAAAGAUGGAGGGCACAAGGAGAAGGGGAGGACAGAGGACGAGAUGGUUGGACAGUGUUCUCAAAGCUACCAGCAUGAGUUUGACCAAACUGCGGGAGGCAGUGGAAGACAGGAGUGCCUGGCGUGCUCUGGUCCAGGGGGUCACGAAGAGUCGGACACGACUAAGCGACUGAACAACAACAAGGAGCUCGCCCUCCACUGGCGUCUUAUUUAAUUUGAAGACAUUUGUCACUGAAAUGCUGGAGCUGGGGGGUCUGCAUCUCCACCAGAGGUCUGGUGGAGCUUUGUCACCAUGCUGGUUUAUAGCGGCCGUGUGCAGUCAUGCAGGUGCAAAAAAAAUAUUUUUUAUAUUGAUGGAUUGAAUUUAGAUACUGCCCUAUACCCUGAGGUCUCAGGGCAGUUCACAGAAUAAUUCAGUAUGCGCCUGAAUCAUUUAAUGAUAAACAGUUGUGAUCUUUUAAAUAAUAGUGCUUUGUGUAUUUGUGUUUUUCAGUUGUUUGACACCACUGAAUGUGGAAAUGGGUAUGUGGAACCAGGAGAAGAUUGUGAUUGUGGUUUCCAAACGGUACCAUUUUUUAUACACAUAUACCCAGUUAUUUUAUUCUUCCUAUCCAUAAGAUGAAGUGUCCCUUAAAAUGAAAGCUCAGAUAAUGCUUGCUUAACCAUGAGGCUCAUGGUGUAUAUUUUAACUACUGUAGCAAAAUAAUUGAGUCAGUGGACCCUUAUAAAAAGGAAAUCAUUCUUUCAGUGAGAAAUUCAUAAAAGAAUUUUUAAGCUCCAUGUUGUUUAAAACCUUGAGUUGUUCACCUUAAUCGGACCAUUUGAAUCCAGAAUGCUAAAUAAAACGUAUGCGUUAAAGUUAAUUAUUAUAGUUAUUUUCUUCUUUAUUCUUACUUUAGUAUAUAAGAUUCCUUGCACUGGAUCGCGGCGUAGUUUUAUGGUGCAACCAUAUAUGAACACUGUCAAUUUAUCAUUUUAGUCAAUACAUGAUUGAAUUGUUUGUAUGAUUGUUCGAGGUAGCUAACUUUGAUUUUUAGUAUUGAUUGAUUGAUCAGAAUGUGUUUUCCGCAGGAUUGCAAAGCAGAUCUGUGCUGUAAGAAAUGCUCACUUUCUAAUGGAGCUCAUUGCAGUAAUGGUCCAUGUUGUAAUGAAACCUCCUGUCUUGUGAGUUUGUUUUUUAAAAACUUUUUUACCUUUGCUAGAAAUAUGGGCUAAACCGCCCUCUCUAUGUGCUGCAAUUGGCCGAAGCUAAUUUAAGAGACUUUUAAUGGGGCUCAGUAGCUGAUACCAUGAUAAAACAUCAGUAUACAGUGAAUUGAUAACUACAUAUCAUAAGCAAUGAUAGUGAAGCAUCUGAUAAAUUAUGUUUACAAUGUUCUCUCAAAGCUCUUUACAUUGGACACCUCUGUUGUAUAAAAGUAUACACUGAUAGAAUACUACAAAUGCUCUUAUUCUGCUUUCCUGUUCUUUGUUAUUAGUAACACAAAAAACAUUAAUUGCUCUUCUCCUGGUUUCAAGAUACAGAGGGAAGAGAAAGCUGAGUGUAGUCAGAUGUGCAUUCUGGACUUUAAGAACGCCAAAAAGCUUAAAAGUGAGAUUCCAUGGUCAGAAAUACUCAAAGAGAAGGGAGUCCAAGAUGGAUGGGAGUUUCUUAAAGGUGGAAUUUCAAAGGCCUAAAUGCAGACAGUUCCAACAAGAAAGAAAAGUGGGAGGCAUCUAAAGAAACCAGUGAUUCUAAGCAUAAGGAGCUUAGAGAUACGAACUGAGAUUUAAGAAGGCCAUUAUUAGAAAUGGAAGAAAGGGGAAAUCACAAAGGAGGAGUAUACACAAAUAGUCAACAGUUGCAGGCUGUCAGGUGGGCCAGAGCUCAUAAUGAGCUCAGCCUUGCAAGAGAGGUUAAAAAUAAUAAUAAAGGUUGAUUCGGCUAUGUUCGGAGCAAGAGGAAGAACAAGUGGUAGGUACUCUGCGUGGAGAAGGUGAAGAAAUGCCAUUGGGUGACAGAGAGAAGGCAGAAUGAAAAAUGACUUCUCCGAGUCCACCCCCUGUCUCUUCCUCCUCUGGGGGAUGGCAGGAAUCACUCUGGGCACUGUACCCUUCACAGCCACUCAGGCCCAGGAUCGGUGUCUGAGAUGAGAGCAUAGAAUCAAUUUUUGCAGCUCCAAUGACACAGCGCUGCUUCCUGACAGUCCUGUUUCUGUGAUUCACAGGGAAUGUCUCUUGCAAUGGGCGAUUUUUCUCCUAGGGGCACCCCUCCUGUGUUGCUGCUCCAGCACAGUCCACUCAGCUCUACUGAGAAACUCUGCAUCUUGUCCAGUGGUUUGAAGUGUGGCUAAGCAGCCCUCAAGCUACUGUACCUUCUCUUCCAUCAAGACAGCCAGUUUGCACUUGCUACAAGUGUACUUUUGCACGUUCUCCAGCAGGAAGACGAACAUGGCAGCUCUCUCAGCCUCCAUGUCUUUUGGUCUUGUGCACACUAUGAGACCGCCUGACCGCCCCCGAAACUCUCUGCUAAAUGCCCUCGCAAACACCCCCGUUCACGAGCUCCUGGUCAUGAACCCCCAGCAGCUGCAAUGAGCUAAGUCUAACUUGCUGGCUGCUAAACUGCCCCUGACUUCUUUACACAGAAACAGCCAUGGAGGCUGUCAUUGAGAGCAGAGGAGUGAUGCUAAGAGGGGCUGCUUAAUCUCUUCCUUUCUUGUCACUUUUCCAGUCAAAAUCAACACCUCUCUCCCACCCCACCCUGAAUCAAUUUGCCUUCUCACCAGUGGGGUAAAAAACGCAUUCCUGUAUUUAAUCAUUAUUCCUACUCAUUAAAGAAAAGCUAUGCAUGCUUGGAGUGAUUUUUAUUUAAGCCAUCUUAGUUAUCAAUAAAAAAUCUUCUGACUUCCAGUUCUUUCCCCGAGGCUUCGUAUGUCGCUCUCCAGUGAAUGAGUGUGAUAUUACAGAGAUCUGUCCUGGGGACUCUGGCCAGGUAAUUAAGUUAGAUGCUUUCCAUACUACCUUGUAAAACAGUGAAAUCAUUAUUAUUAUUAUUUUCAUGAGGACUGUAAGAUUCUUUCAGUGAGAGGGAGAUGUGGAGAAGAUUAAUUUAUUAUUAUCUAAUUUAUUAUUGUGCAUUCCUAAAACCUAGCCUGAAUUGUGUUUUCCUAAAAGGAAACUCAGGCAUCUUUGUACAUCUUUGCUCGUGUGUGUGUGUGUGCUCAGUGAAUUAUCAAAUAAAGAAAUGUCAGGGCAAUUAAUUGUAAGAUAAUUAAUCAAUUAAAGAUGCACAGACAUGCUUACCCCCAUUUUUCUCUGAUGUAACAUUUUAUUUUACUUUAUUUUAUUUUAAAAGAGGCAUUCAUUUUUGUGCGAAAGAGAGGGCAGAUGCUUCAAAAAUGAUAUGUGCAGUUUUAUAGUUUAUACUCAUGCUAAAGAUAAUUAAGCAUUUUAAAAAUCUGCUGCCUAGUUAAUCAUGGGUGUCUUUUCAAUCCAUUUAAUCUAACCAAUUAAGCAACCAAAUGUUGCAGCCAACCUCAGUAUUCAUAACAUUUUGUUUAAUUGCUCUCUCUUGGUAUUCUUUUGUCUGCCUAUAUACCAAAUGUGUUGUCUUAUAAUUCAAACCUUUUUAAUUAAAUGAUCCCUUUCAUCCUUCAGUGCCCACCAAAUCUUCAUAAGCAAGAUGGGUUUGCUUGUGAUGCAAAUCAGGUAAGUAAGUCUUUAAAAUAUAUAGUACAGAAUAUUUAUUUUUUGCCAGGCUAUAUUUUUUAUCUCUUGGUCUUUUUAUUUACUAUUUGCUAUUUGCUUCAUUUAUUGUUUUUAUGUUGUCUUAAUUGUUGUGAGGCUUCUAGCCACUUUAUGUUUUUUUUAAAAAGGGAAGUUUUUAAUGUUUUAUGUUUUGCUGUGUUUGAUGUUUUAAUUUAUUGCAAGCCAGCCAGAGUAGCAGGGGCAACCCAGUCAGAUGGGUGGUAUAUAAAUAAAUUAUUAUUUUCAUUAUUAAAGAAGAAAACUCAAACUACAAAGUCUUUAGAUAAAGAGUACAUGUAAAAUUCAUGCUGUUCAUUAACUCGUCCUGUUCAUUUUCUUAAUGGUUGCCCCUGAUGGCUAAGUUGUGAGUUGGAGCUGACUCCCUUAAAAUUAUUUUGACCCCUCAGUACCCCUAACAAUUGGGCAAUUUAAAAUAAUUGGGUGUUGCUGUUGUGGUGUUGUGACAUCUCUGCUGUAGAGCUAUUAUGAAGGGCCUUCUAAAACUCAGCCACCUCUGCCACCUUGCACCUUUGUCACCUUGUGAAGUCCUCCACUAACCGUCUUCCGCAGUUGUGGUGCCACUGCAAGGUUUUGUGGCUCAGAAAACAGGAAGGAGCACUCCUCUCUGUUUCCUGAUCUCCAGCACCAUUUUGCCAGGCUCCAAGGCACAGGGAGAAGAGGCUGCUUUGCAAGGUGAGUGGGAGGGCUUUUCUCUGGGAUAGAAAGCAGAACGGUAGGGGGGCAGACUGCCUUGAGUGUGUGCAUUGCCAAUCUCUCUGUGUGUGUCUGCCCCCCUGCCUGUGCGUAUGUUUCUGAAUGUGUGUGUUCUGUAUGAGUGUACAAGGCAGUGUGUGUUGGCCAGUUUUGCAAUGCCCACAGCUGACCUACGGGCCUUAAAGAGUUGGACAGUCCUGAGCACGUGGCUCUUGGGCUGAAACAGUUUGGCCACCCCUGCAAUAGCUCAGCCUGCAUAUAUACUGUAUUUUUCGCUCUAUAAGACGCACAUUUUCCCCUCCAAAAAUUAAGGGGGAAUGUGUGUGCAUCUUAUGGAGUGAAUGCAGGCUCUUUGGCUUCAGCGAUAGCAACGCGAAGCCUCCGAAGUGCAGUGGGAGCGCUCCCGCCGCGCUCCAGAGGCUUUGCGUUGCUUUCGCUGAAGCCUGGCGAGCAAGAGGGGUCGGUGCGCACUGACCCCUCUCACUCUCCGGGCCUGAAACCUCCAGAGGCUUCAGGUUCCUUUCGCUGAAGGGUAGGUGCCCCUUCAGCUAAGGCGCAGCACCCCUUCAGCUAAGCGGGAGGAGAAAUGGAAAGGGCUCCGUUUCUCCUGCCGCUUCGCUGAAGGGGCGCUGCGCAGAGAGGGGGAGAAUUUUUUUUCUUGUUCUCCCCCUCUAAAACAAGGUGGGUCCUAUGGUCAGGUGCAUCCUAUAGAGCGAAAAAUACGGUAACCCACCCUCAGCAUUUAAGGAAUCAGAUUCUAACCUGCACUCAGUGUCUUCUAGGUGUGCUUCAUUACGCCUGGAAUGAUCUCUCUCGCAACAUUCUCUCCCUGCCCUUCGAAUCCCUCAUAACUUAUAAACGUUAGACAAUAGCAAAAUGACCAUUCUGAGGUUGUUGGAUACUGGUAUCUGUGCAGCAUCUGUCAAUGGGGAAACAAUCCAAAUUUUCGCAUGUUAAGAUUUUAUAGUGCUGUGGGUUAAACCACAGAGCCUAGGACUUGCCGAUCAGAAGGUUGGCAGUUCGAAUCCCUGUGAUGGGGUGCGCUCCCAUUGCUUGGUCCCUGCUCCUGCCAGCCUAGCAGUUCGAAAGCAUAUGAAAGUUCAAGUAGAUAAAUAGGUACCGCUCCAAAGGGCAUUUCCGUGCGCUGCUCUGGUUCGCCAGAAAGUGGCUUAGUCAUGCUGGCCACAUGACCCGGAAGCUGUCUGCAGACAAACGCCAGCUCCCUCGGCCAAUAAAGCGAGAUGAGCGCCACAACCCCAGAGUCGGUCACGACUGGACCUAAUGGUCAGGGGUCCCUUUACCUUUACCUUUACUCUGAAGAAGUGGCUCUCCCACUGGGAACCAUCAAAUUGUAGGGUUUGGAAGGGGCCCUGAGGGGCAUCCCGUCUCAGCCCACUGCAAUGCAGGAAUCUCCUACAUGGAAUAUGGAGCAGUAUUGACUUACGUUUCCUAAAGAGACUGACCCAGGAAACUGCUCCGAGCGUUCCCUUUGGUAACAGAGCAGCGGUGAAAAAGGGGAAAAGGAAAAAAAAGUAUGUCUGUUGCUGAUAAAAUAGGUCAGCUUUUUCUUGUCCCUGUCUGAAAGACAAAAUGUAUAUUAAUUGCGGUUUGUUUCUAUUUAGGGUCGUUGCUACAAUGGAGAAUGCAAGACGAGAGAUAAUCAGUGCAAAUACAUCUGGGGAGCGAGUAGGUUGAUUUAAGUAUGCUGUAUUCAGAUGCAAUUAUUUCUUGUUUUUGCUGCCUGCUUUUCCCUUUGGUAUAAUUUUUCAAUUAAAAUUGUGCUUUUCAGUAAUAAAAGGUAAUGUUCAGAAAAGUAAUUUUUGUAGUUUUUAAUACACAUGCAUACACACACACACACACACACACACACACACACACUUCUUGUUGUUUAGUCGUGUCCGACUCUUCGUGACCCCCUGGACCAGAGCAUGCCAGGCACUCCUGUCUUCCACUGCCUCCCGCAGUUUGGUCAGACUCAUGUUUGUAGCUUCGAGAACACUGUCCAACUAUCUCUUCCUCUGUCAUCCCCUUCUCCUUGUGUCCUCGAUCUUUCCCAACACCAGGGUCUUUUCCAGGGAGUCUUCUCUUCUCACGAGGUGGCCAAAGUAUUGGAGCCUCAGCUUCAGGAUCUGUCCUUCCUUUCCUCUAUUUAAGUUUUCUUAGGACAGGAAAGGCCUGUAUCCAUCUGCAUUCUAGAGCCAUCAUGGUACUUAUGGCCACAUUCCAUAUAUAUGAGAGACAGGCCUUUCCUGUCCUAAGAAAAGUUAAAUAGAGGCAAGUCUGCUGCCUCCUCCUUUCUCUGGAGUCCUCUCAAAAGCCACUCUGUUUGGAGCCAAGAGACCCACCUGAAUAAUGUUGGGCGCAGUACUUGGGCUGUUAGCAGGAGAAGACAGUAGGAAAAAGUUUCCCUUCAUAAACUUCCUCAAAUAAUCUUAGGCUCUAAACCCAAUUUUUUUUGUGAUUCUCCACUUCUGCAGCAGCCCAGUGUUCCAUUCUACAGUUUUCAGGACGCUCCCUUGACCUUCCUCCGCCCAAGAAGCUUAUCUUGGAGUAAGGAAGAGGGGAAGUUUUAUUUCUGUAACUUUCUUAACUUAACCUUAGGAUCUUUCUUCUUACUCAUUUUUCACAAUGUAAUUUAAUAAACUUUCAAUGUACCGUCACUAUGCAUCACAUGCUUUCCACUAUGUGGUGGUAAAAAAAUAACCUCCAAGUUCCUGGUGCAUGUAUUUAUUUAUUUUUAUCAAGUACGUGAUUCAGAAAGCGAUUUUCAGACACACACGUUACGUUUGUAACAUGCAAAGCAUUUAGGACAUUCACCUUUAAAAAGUAAUGCUAGCAACCUCAGCAGUUCCUAUUCUCUUGGCUACUUUUUAACAGAAGAAAAUUUUGCUUGCCUGGGUAUGUUAGUAGAAAUUACUUUCACUUUUUCUUCCAUAGAGGCUUCAGGAUCUCAUAAACACUGUUACGAGAAGCUAAACACAGAAGGCACGAAAAAGGGAAACUGUGGAAAGGAUGGAGAGAAAUGGAUUCCAUGCAACAAGCAGUAAGUUUAACCUUUUAGAAUGAAUAUAAACGUCGUGGUUAGAAAUUCCAAUUAAUGUUUUGUUUUUCUGAAAUAAGAAACCUGCCUGAGUUCCUUUAGGAGGAAGGGUGAGAUAUAAGUUCAAUAAAUAUGCAAUAAAAGUUUCUGUAGAGAAUUUAAACACAUUUAGGAUACAAGGCACUGUCUGUUGUGCUCAGCAGGGUCCUGAAUUUCACAGCCCAUUCCUCCAUCUGAUGCAGAGCUCAUAUUGUCUUUUAGUUAUUUUCAUUGCUUAGAAACACUUUGACCUGCUUUGUGUCACUACUCUCUACUAUGCUGUGAUCUCCUUUUAAAAUUCUUUUACAUUAUGUAAUCUGAAUAGGAAAGGAGCUGGCUUCCUCCCAAUGGCCCUAACAGUCUUUCAGGCAAAAUCUUUAGCCCAACUUCUAUAUGGCUCUCAAAUUAGCCCCUCUGCCAACCUUAAGACCCUUGAAACAGUACAAUCUAAAUUCUUAAGAUCAUUAUUUGCUACCCCUAAGUGUACACCUAAUGCAGUCUUAAGGCAAGAGGCAGGACUGCCCAGAGUGGAAUUAAAAGUCUGGGAACAAGCAAUAUCCCUCUGGCUGAAAAUCCAUUACAAUCCUAAGGGUCUAUUACCUUGCUUCCUGGCCGCAGUUCCCUAUCCUCCUUGGCUUAUGCAAAUAACUAACAAGAUCAAACAAAUUGGCCUAAACCCUGAAAAUAUUUUUAUUGGAACUCUGAACAAGGCAAAAGCUACUAUUACUCGGAGACUUUAUGAUAUCGAAUUACAACAAGAAGGCGCCCUACUCCCAGAGACGUAUAGAUGUUUAAAAGCUUGGCCUAAUUUUACAGCUGCCCCUUACUUAACCAACAUCACUAGCGAAGCCUAUAGAUGGGCUUUCUAGAGCCCGCUUUGAGACAAUGCCCUCAGCAGUGCUGUACGGCAAAUUCACGCGGGUUCCAAUGCAUGCGCGUCUCUGCCCUUGUAUGUCUAAUAAGGUAGAAUCUGUCACACACAUUCUUCUAUCUUGCGAAUUCUAUAGUGAAGAACGAGCUCAACUUAUUUUACCGCUUCUAUCAAAAUUUAUACCCCUUCAAUAUUAUUUGGAAUCCUCCCCUGAAAUUCUUCGAAAAUACCUCCUGGAAGAUUCCUCAAGCUCAGUAUCAUAUGAGGUGGCUAAAUUUUGCACUUUAGUAAUUAAGAAACGUAAAUCUCUUCUGUUGAAUGGCACACUGCGAAGUUCCCUUGUGUAACCUUUUUUCUUUUCUGAAGUUGUUGCUGAUUUCUUGUUGUCUGAUCUUGGGAUGUUUAGUGUCACUGGCUUUGGCCGCAAUAAACUUGAAAGUAAAGUAAUCUGAAUAGAUGCAUAUUCCAUAAAGGGUGGAGAAUAGGAUCUGGCUGGUGAGUCGGGUCCUCAGCUAACCCACCAUCUACAGGCCACUUUGGCAGUUAGGCAGGGUAACCCACCUGUCCAACAACACCAUAACAUCACGUGGCCCAGCUUCAAAUGAAAUAUUUUUUUUCAUUUCUUUGCAGCUUGGCUUAGGCUCAAGGGGUUACUGCAAAGGAAGAUUCCUUCAGCCUAUAUCAGUGGGGAUUACAGUCAGUGUCCAUCAGCCGAUUUCCCCCUUGCUUUUGGCAGGGAUCUGUUGCUCUCAAGUUCCUGACCAAGAACUCUAAAAGUGUAGUCUGUCCCACUGACCAUUGGCUGAUCAGUCCUGAUUGCAAUCUCAGCUUCAGCAGGAUUCAACUGCACUUGGGAACAAUUUCCAUUUUACAAAAUAGGUCGGUAAUGUAGUAUGUUUUUAUUUUAUUUUACAGUGAUGUGUUCUGUGGGUUAUUGCUUUGUGCAAAUCUUGAUGGAGUUCCACGAAUUGGUCACCUUCAGGGAGAAAUCAUCCCAACUUCUUUUUUCCACCAAGGUGUAGUAGUGAAUUGCAGGUGAGUAGUGUCAUAUACAAGGUGUAUUAAUGCAUUUUUAGCACUUUCAGCUGAAUAAUUAAGGUAUAUUUUUGAAGUUAACUUCUCAAGAACUACAACCAAAGUUUUGUUUCAUAGAACUUAAGUUUAGUUUACAUUUCCAUAGUACAUGCCCCAAACAUUCUCUUUUGAGUAUUGGUAUCAUUGCCUUCUAGAUACCAAUUUUUAAUAUCAAUGUUUCUAAAACUUACCUGCUUUUGUUCUUGCUGCCUCAUUGAAAUAAUUCAAAGUUUUACUAUUGACUUCAGUGUAGUCAAUAUAGUACUUGCUUCUCAGAGUAUUUUGAGAUCCGUGAGCUAUUUACAUUUGCUUGCUUUAUAAACUUUUCAGUCAUGCUAAGAGCAUAAAAAAAACUUCUUCUUCCAGUUGUGCCCACGUACUUCUAGAUGAUGAUACAGAUUUAGGAUAUGUUGAAGAUGGAGCUCCGUGUGGUCCUCAGAUGAUGUGUAUGGACAGAAGGUGUCUGUCUAUCCAGUCUCUGAAUAUAAGCAGCUGCCCUAUUGGUGCUAAUGGAAAAGUUUGUUCUGGACAUGGGGUAAGUCCAAACUAAGUUCUGCCCACUUUCCUAGUCCAGCUAAGAUUAGUCCAUAUUCCUAGUUCUAUAAAAAAACCAUUUUGUAGUGUUUCUCACCAUUAACCUAUAUGUGUCUUCACACUGGACACUGAGAAAGAGAUAUUGCUCUUUCAGCUCAGUACUUAGUUUUGUUUACCUUCAGAAAUGCUGGCUGAUAUUCCAGCAGGUGCGUUCUGUGAACUGGGUUGUUUUUUCCAGUUGCACCUAGAGCAGAACAACUUGCUGGAGAUCUGGAAAAUAAAGGCCACAAUUUUAAUUUCAUUUAAGGACUGAGUGCUGCUGGAUUAGGCCUUUCUCAUUCAGCUGUCUGUUGUCUUUAACUAACCAGUUGCCUACAGGAAGCUUUCAGUCUGCAAAUGAGCACAAUAGCACUCUCUCACUCACGUUCCCCAGCGUAAGGUAUUCAGAAGCAAACAGCCUUUGAUACUGGAGGUAGAACAUAGCCAUGAUGACUAAUAGACAAUGAUUGGCGUAUCAUCUAUGAAUUUGUCUAAUCCUCUUUUAAAAUGGAUGGCUCUCACCACUCUUCCAGCCAGUCCCUGACAGGCAUUUUGGACUGCUUCAACUGGAUCUGUUUGCAACUCCUUACAACACUCAAUUCUCCAGCUCUUCUCUCAUUUCCAGAUGAGAGUGGUGAAUGCGAGUCCUUGGCCAAGAGUCUCCUUUAUGCCUUGAUGGGCCAUGUUGGCCCUGGUUUUUAGACCUACUCAGGCUCCGAAUGGAGCCACCAUGACCGCUUCCUCUUUGCUUGGGUUUGCUGAUCCAGCGUCCCAUGUGGUAUCUGGAUCUGAAGUGGGUGAAUGUAGAAGAAUGGUGUUUGGACAGCAGUGCCUGAAACUCAGGCUAUUGAUACCUUCAUGGCAUCCUGCAUUCUUCCACAAAACAGAUCAGUCAAAGUACCUGGAAGGCUUUCAUUGCCUUGUGUGCCUCAAAGAUGAUUUUAGCUUCUUCUGUGUCCAUUCGGCAGGUACAUUAUAGCUUUCAGGACAUCGUGCUACCAUCCUUUCGUCCCAAUCCAGUCCACCCUCUUGAGAAAGUUUGGCCUUGGAUGUUUGAUAGGCACUUGAGAAAUGCUUGAAUCAGGGGUGUAGCUAGCUGCUCCAGCACCCGCAGCAGCGGGGGCCGGGCGAUCUGCCCACAGAGGCAGGGUGGCGAUCCGUCCAGGGGGGCACCGCGGCGAGCUGCCCACUGAAUCUAACUGGCGGACACAAGCCCCACUCUGCCAUUUUGGGCAGUGCACGUCCCGAGGCACUGCGUCACUCCCAGGAGAGACGCAUGGCUUAGGCACGCUGUAGUGCUGCCCCUCAUGGUGUGCCAUUUUGUCACCCCAUUGGGGAUGACGCCCAGGGCGGACCGCACCCUCCGCACCCCCUUCCUACACCCCUGGCUUGAAUUGUACAAAGGACUUCCAGCAGUCAGAGAGAGUGUUUGCAUCUCUCUAUCCAUGAACUCCAAGAAAUAAGUUUUCAUUCUCCACUCUGGCCAGUUGACUGUGGGCCUGCUUUGCCUACUUUAAGUGACUCACUUAAACUGCUGGUGCAGUCUAAUAUCACAGCAGUCUCAGGCCACUCUGCUUUCACUGUGGAUGCCUUUGCAUCUAAUGCUUCUGUUUUGGACAUUUGCAGAGAUGCAGCUUGAUCUUCUGCAAGCGCCUUUGUUUCUUUUUUGUUGCUUCUCUAAAUCCCAAACUCAUUACAAGCUUGACAUGUCUGCAUCUGCUGGUGCUUCUUUUAGGAGAUGUGUUGCAGCAGGUGGUUCCACAGAGCUGCACGUGCUUUUCUUCACCUAUGCUUAUCUUGGGACUGCUUGAGUGUAUUCCAUCUGAUGGACAGACACCAUAGAAAAUGGUCCAUUGUAUUCACCUGAAAGGUGUCUGUCCCCAUGUUGUUCAGUCUUCGUUCUCUGUCCUCAGCUGUUGCAUUUCCUGCCUUUGCCCAUGAGGUGGCAGCAUAGCCCAUCUCAUGGGCAUAUGUCAAUGAAAACCACCUUUCAGGUGACUGCUGUAGACUGUUCUCUAACAGAGGAAAUCCUAUACCCAGUAGAGUGUUCCAGAGGUUAAGCACAUGGGAGAUUGCAAAGAUCCCCGAGGUUGGCAAACUUCUGAUCCCCUUCUGACCCCCUCUAGCCAAAUGGUGAAGCUUUACUUAAGAGUAGAAGGAAGGGAAGUCCCGCGGUAGUCUGGGUGUCUCCUGCAUCCCACCCAUGGAAUGGAACACGGGUCACUUUCUGUAAAGGCUCCUUCGGCUGGGUGUGCCAGAGGCAUCCAGCCUCACCCAUUUCCUUUGGGCAUCUGAAACACAUUUAUGUAGAAGUCUGUACAGUCGUUUUCUGCUAAUUUUGACGUGACAGGUUUGUGUCAUGUGCGCCUUUGUUUCUUUGCCUCCGCUAAUGCUCUCCCUUGCUUGCUCAUGAGACUGGAAGUAGGGAGGAGCUGGCUGGUUUGUCAGAGUUUGAUCAUGUGUCACUAUUUGUUCUGGACAAGGGAGGGGGAGAGUUAACCCACUGUAAGUAAAGGUAAAGGGGCCCCUGACCAUUAGGUCCAGUCGUGGCCGACUCUGGGGUUGCGGCGCUCAUCUCGCUUUAUUGGCCAAGGGAGCCGGUGUACAGCUUCUGGGUCAUGUGGCCAGCAUGGCUAAGCCGCUUCUGGCGAACCAGAGCAGCGCACGGAAACGCCGUUUACCUUCACGCUGGAGCGGUACCUAUUUAUCUACUUGCCCUUUGACGUGCUUUCGAACUGCUAGGUGGGCAGGAGCAGGGACCGAGCAACGGGAGCUCACCCCGUUGCGGGGAUUCGAACCGCUGACCUUCUGAUUGGCAAGUCCUAGGCUCUGUGGUUUAACCCACAUCGCCACCCAUGUCCCACAAAAAUAUAAAUGUAUAAAUGGAUAGUAUAAAUGGAUUUUCCCCUAAAUAGGACUACUUACUCUACCUAGGAACUUUAGCAGAUGAACGAAGCAUAUGAUUAUUUUUUAUUAUGUGGUAACACGAUUUUUCUUUCAGGUAUGCAGCAAUGAAGCCACUUGCAUUUGUAACUAUACCUGGGCAGGGACAGAUUGUAGCAUGCAUGACCCCAAAAGGAAAGAAGAAGCAGAGAAACCAAAUGGACCAAAGGGUUUGUGUAAUUUCAGUUUUUCUUCCCACCCCCAACUCUUAUAUAAGUACAUUUUUGAGCAGGAAAAUUUGGAGCAAAGUGCCCAUGUACAAUGCAGGUGUGUGUGUGUGUGUGUGUGUGUGUGUGUGUGUGUGUGUUUCUAGGUAAAUAGCAUUUAUGCUAGGUAUGCUAGGUGAAAAGCAUUUAUGCUUUUACCUGUAGCGUUCCAGAGGUGCUCACAGAAAAUCAUUACCUACUGUGAAAACUUUUUAGCUGUUGCCUUUUCUGUUUAAUGACGUAGAUCUAGGUAAUAUAUUCUAUUUGAAACCCAUUGAUAAUCUUACAUCCCAGUAUGGCAAGGGGUUUGUUUGUUGGUUAUUUCUAUUUUUGAUAUAUUAUAACCAUGACAAGAACGCUUCAAUCCUUUACAAAUCUCUAUUAGAGUUAAGUUCGGUAUAGGGGAGGCUUACAUUCUUAGGGGACAUCUAAUGCCAUUUACCACACAAUCUUGCGCAUGUCUAUUGAGAAUUAAGUCCUGUUUAGUACUGUGGGGACUUAGCAGGAGUAGCAAACAAAGUUCCAGUUCUGUUUCACGACAGCUUCCACCAUCCCUUGCCAUUGGUCAUAGUGGCUGGGCUGAUGGGAGCUGGGAGGGCACCACGUUGGCCACCCCUCUGCCGCCUUAAAUGUUUUGCCCAGUUAUGCAAUGGAGUCCCUUCUUUCAUAUGACUUCCUGAAAGUUUUUUGUAGACUAUAUCGCUGAAGAAAAGUAACAAAAGCAUCAAGAAAUAUUCCAAAUUUUAAUUAUUCUUAAUUUUUUUGCAUGCUGAAAAUAGAUCUUUGUUUUAUUGUUGCGUGCUUAGCAGGCUUUAAAGUUUGGGUUUUUUAAAAGCCCUUUGAAUCUAUUAACCAUAGCAUCCCUAAAACCCAGUAUUAAAAAGUGAACCAGCCGUAGCUUGACUUUUUUUGGGAAAUUGGUUUUAAAUUUUCUCAUUGUCAGUGCACCCUCUUACAUUUCCCAUCUUUUAACCUCUAGAAUUUGGCAGGCCGUUUUUUAUUUACAAUAUAGCCCAGAAUAGAGAAGCUACUGUUUUUCAAUGUAUGGAUAUUUUUACUGGGUUGUGUUUGUUCGUUGUUGUGAGUAUUUUGAAAAUCUGUAUUAGUACUUGAAGUUGAUUAAAGUAUGGUAGAUACACCACUGCAUGCAGAAUUUACAGUGCAUGCACUUUAUUAUAACAUUAUCAGUUUCUCUUAACAAAAGAAAUAAACAUUGGAUCCUAGUGGUAAUUCAGCAUACAGUGGUGCCUCGCAAGACGAAAUUAAUUUGUUCCGCGAGUUUUGUCAUCUUGCGAUUUUUUUCGUCUUGCGAAGCACGGCGUCGGGAAAGUUUUGGAAAAGCUUCAAAAAUCACCAAAGUCUUUAAAAACCUCAAAAAAGGCUACCACACCGCGUUCUGAGUUGCUCGAAGUCAAGUCGCAACUGUAUUAACGGUGUUAAGAAAAGAAACAAACUUGCAAGACGUUUCCGUCUUGCGAAGCAAGCCCAUAGGGAAAAUCGUCUUGCGAAGCAGCUCAAAAAACAAAAAACCCUUUCGUCUAGCGAGUUUUUUGUCUUGCGAGGCAUUCGCCUUGCGAGGUACCACUGUAUUAAACUUUUAAAAGUUUUGUAAAAUAUUAAAGCAAAGUUUCCAGAGGAAGAAAUUUGGAAAUAGUGCUUGGUACCUCAUUCAGUUUGGGAAGUUGGCACCCCGUGCUUACUGUAAAUCUCUACACUGAUCUUUUUCAAGGGCCUCCUAAUAGUGAGCCACAACAUAGGAAGAAGGAUAAGUUAAAGCUAUCUCUUUGUCCAGUCUUACCACCUUCCUAAAUGGAUGGUCCAACAAUGUAGAAUGUGCAAUCCCUAGGGAUUCUGUUCUCUAGUGGGAGGGGCAGUUGCCAUCUUCCAGUUUUAUUCCUCCUUAGGAUACCGUUGGCAGACUUUCAGUGAGCCAUUCCUGCUAUGAGGUGAGUCUUUAUUUCCUGAUUCCUGUUUCUAAACCCUCUUAGAAAUAAUAAUAAUAAUAAUAAUAAUAAUAAUAAUAAUAAUAAUAAAAGAAAUGGGUUGGAAAAUGCUUUGGGAAUGUAUAAGAAAGAAGGGCAUUUGUAACUCGGAAUACAAAAUGAAUCAAGAUCCUAGAUUCAGGUUAAUCGAGACCUGAUAGAGAGAGAGGAGGAGCCAGUCAGAUUGAAUGGGACCAAUAUGAGGAGGUGUGCUGUGUAGCAUUAGGAAGAGAAUUAAAACCAGGGUCCAAAGAAGAGACAUGUGCUGUGUACAUGGCAGAGAAUUGUGCAUACAAGCCAGAACUUUGAUUCUCAAUUUCACUGUAGCAGUUCUCAAUGCUGAAGAGCAGUUUGAAAGGCAGCUUUUAUCUUUGGCAGUGUGGUGUGCUAAUGCAUAAUUGGGCAGCAAAACUCUGUUUGCAUAUCCAUACUUGCUUGCAUACUUUUCUUGUAUCCCAAUGAAAAAAUUCCCAAUGAUGGUCCAUUAUCUAAGGAUCAAAAUGCCCUAGAUCUGAAAAGAUAAUCUGCUUUUGAUUUAUAUUCUGCAGCAUUCCAGCAUAUGCCACUAAUUUUUAUUUUACUUCUUCAUAGCCAACCAGUCACUUAUUUAAAAACAUUCAUGAAACAAAAAUAUUUUCUGAAAGAAAUAGGUUAGAAAUCAUGCUUAAGAUUAAGGUGACAGGGAUUCUGUUAUGAGAACCUUAAACCUGUUUAGCUGUAUUUGGGACUUAUGAAUAGGUGAACAUAUAAAAUUAUCUUCUGAAAUCAGAGUGCAUUCGACAUUCAAACAAAAAUAUCAAACUCUUUCAUUACAUAACAUUUUUCUCUGCUCUCCCUAUCUUUAAAAUUGUGAGCAUUCAGCAAAACCUUAACAAGAUCUUCAAAGAAGUACUGUAUCUGUUAAGUGUUUAACCAUGUAAAUCAUGAAAAAACCAGAUUUGUAGGGGUUUUUUUUAGAUUUGUCUUAUAGAUAGAUUGUCUUAUCAAUUAUAAUACCAUAUAUUUAUGCAUUUUGAAUUAUUACAGAUGUUAUAUAAACCAGUAAGUUAUGUUAAGAUAAUUGAUUAACUUCUGUUCCUGAUGCAUAAUUGCAUUUCUGUCAGAACUUAUCAUCCAUCAGUUGCUUUUUCAUUUUUCUGUAUUCCAGGAUCUAAAAUCAGUGUCAGUUUCAGAUAUACAGUGGUGCCUCGCAAGACGAAAAGAAUCCGUUCUGGGAGUCUCUUCGUCUAGCGGUUUUUUCGUCUUGCGAAGCAAGCCCAUUGACGGGAUUAGCGGAUUAGCGCUAUUAGCGCUAUUAGCGGCUUUUAGCGGCUUUUAGCAGCUUAUCAGCUUAUCAGAUAAGCAGAUAAGCGGCUUAGCGACUUAGAAAAAGAGGGGGAAAGGAAAAAAAAAACCCAGGAACUCGCAAGACAUUUUCGUCUUGCGAAGCAAGCCCAUUGCAGAUUCGUUUUGCGAGGCACCUCCAAAACGGAAAACUCUUUCGUCUAGCGAGUUUUCCGUCUUGCGAGGCAUUCGUCUUGCGGGGCACCACUGUAGAUAAAUACACUGAACUCUGAAAUAUAUAAUUAGCCAGAAUGUCUCUAAUGGAUUAUAAUAAAAGGUAAACUAUUUUUCCUGAAAAGCUAAUUUUCAGUGGGCUACGGUAACAAAUUUAACUGUGAAAUCAGGAUAAUUUGCCAACAUUUUGUAAUCAGAUAUCCAUAUUUCCCAAAUUCAUCUAAGAAUAGAGCUUCUAUCUAAAACACAAUUUAAAUUCAAAAAAUCUUUACCCUUCUAGUUGUUUCUGUAGUUGUCUGUAACCAAAACUACAAAAUUAGGCAUUAGUAUGGAGGUUCCAUGGUUUUUGUUCUAAAUUGUAGUUCAAACACACCAAGCCAACCCAAUUUGAACUUAAAAUAUGAGAGACAAUGUUUUAUUCUUUCAUGGAAUGGCUUCCUAUCUCUGUGAAUGAAAUAAUCAGUACAAGUAAUGAGUCACAGAGAUAAAAACCAAAGCCUGAAUAAUGAUUGCAUUUGUUUGUUUUUUUAAAAGUCAUGGUAGGUUUUUUUAAAAAACAAAAUGUUAUGUGUAAACACAAUGCAUAAAUUGAAAUAUACCUUCUUUCAUUUCUAAGCAUGAUAAAGAUAGAAGGAAUUUAUUCAAAAAAAGAAAUAAACUACAUUCAAUAUAAUAGUUGGGACUCUUGAAGAAGAAUAAAUGUCAAGAAAAAUUAUAGGGUGGUGUCCAAAGAACAUCCUUAAGGACUUGUGCGUGGUCAGUGGGAGUUUUGACCUGCACUACAUAAUAAAUGGUUUUUGAACCUUUGGUCACUACCAAAAGAUGAUUGCAUGCAACACAGGGAAUGCUGCUAGAGUUCAAAGCAUCGCUGACCCUAAAAACUAGUAAUACAGUUCUUUAAUCCUGGCCCUACUUUUUCAAGAGUUGUUGUCCCCAAACAAUUACAUAUUUGGGUGUUACGUAAUAGACCAAAUAGACCAAGUCAUGUCCCUAAUCUUGGUGUGCUAAAGAAGAAUGUUUUCUGGGUAGCUUGUAGGAAAGAUAAGAAAUUUGAUUUCAUUUGUGCUGGAUUCUGGAGACAGUAGAGGAAGGUAGAAAGCAGGGCUGAGACCUUCCUUCUCUUUAAGAAUGAGCUAAAUAGGUAAUUAAGUGUCUUCAGAUAAGUGCAACAUCUAUUAAUUCCAUUGUUUCCACUUGGAAAUAUAUUAAAAGUUAAAAAUAAACUAGUGGUCUUUUUAUUUGUCUCUAACAUUUCCUUGCUGUUCCCUGCAAUCAUAAGUAGGCCUUAUAAUGAAAUAUGACAACAUAGAAACAUAGCUGUCAACUUACAGAUUUGAAAAUAAGGGACCAGCAGCCAAAAUAAGGGACUUGCAGCCUCACCUGUUCCAGGCACUCCAGUCUUCCUGUCCUCCUGCAGUCUGGUCAAACAUGCUGGUAGCUUCAAGAACACUGUCCAACCAACUUUGUAACCAGAGGUUCAACUGAAUAGAAUCUGAAUCACAUGCACCACAAGGCCUAAGCAGCCUCAACUUAAGAUGGCUCCCCGGCCUGGCUUUGCACUGCAAAGUUUGCAGCAGCACGUGCAACAAAAUGGCGUCCAGCAUUCAAAAAACCCUUCAGCUUGCAUUAACUAGCCACACACAAGGCAUGCAAGCUCCACCCCCCAGUCGUUCUUAGACUUCUUAUCGGGUGAGCAACACAGCCAAGCAACACAGUUGGAGCCUCCCUCCUCCCUGGCCGGCAGGGAGGGACGGAGAGGAGCUGCUUCCUUUGAAAUUUAAGGGACAUCAUUUAAGGGACAUUUAAGGGACAUCCAUCAAUAAGGGACAGCAGCUGGACAUGGCGCUGGAAUAAGGGACUGUCCCUUCAAAUAAGGGACACUUGACAGCUAUGCAUAGAAACCUUUAGAGAAAGUGGUAGCCGUGAAGUUUAUAUGAUGCACAAGUUUGGUACAUCUUCCAGUAACAUUGCUACAUGGAAUGCUGACUUCCCAUAAAAUUGGUCAAGAUGCUUCGCCUUGCAUAACGAAACGUAAGGUGCAGUGAAGAAUACACCUGGAAUCAAAGGACAAAUUCGGCCCAUAGUAAGAGAGCGCCAGGAAUUUUCAGCCGUGUUUCUAAAACACUCAUAAAUGUAAACAACGCAUUUCUUGUGUGCUUGGCUUUAUUGGUCGGUAUGCAGUAUACCUGUGAUGUUACAAAAUAGUUUCGUUAUUUGUGAAGGUUUAAAAAUCGUGUUCCCUCUUAAAAUGGAAAUGGGUACUGUAUUGUGUAGGCUGAGAAAAUAUUUAUAAAUUCUGGGAGGCCCAAGCCAUGGAGGGCAUUGCCAUAGAGCUUUAAUGGCCUUUGGCGAUAUGCAUAUCCGCCGUUCAUUCUUUACAACAGGAGACCCAUGCACACACCUCCCAUUUACAGUCUAUCCCCCUCUUCCCCAGAAUCCUGACCGCUUGUUCUCAGAGCAAGUAACCCUACAUGCCAGACCGUGUUAAGGAAAGGAAUGGCUGCUUUAAUAUAUAUAGAACAUGAAUGGUUUUCUUUCUUUUAAUGACCAGUGUGUUGCCGUGUAUGGAGCUGAACGCCAGCUUGGGUGGUUGGGUGGGGGGAAGCAAGGAGAAUACAGAACUCCAUUCCCCCGCAUGUGGCUGCACCCAUGGGGGCACGGAUCACACCUAUUAUUUACAAAGCACUGCUCAGUUACAAAAUAGAGGUAGCUUUUAAAUAGGUGACGUGCAUCACAUUCAGGCAAAUAUAAUCUCUGAUAAUUCCGUAAUUCUAAAUGGCUGUAAAAAUCAAAUGAAAGAAAGUAUUUUUUAUCAUUUUGGGGUGCCAUUUAAAAUUCUUCUUUUCAGACAUCUUCUGUGUACAUGAUGACUUGCUUUUUAAAAAGUGUUCCCUUUUCCCUCUAUACAGUGAGCAUGGCCACUAACAGACUUAUAGGUGCAGUGGCAGGGACCAUUCUGGCCCUGGGGGUGAUUUUUGGAGGCACAGGGUGGGGAAUAGAGUAAGCAUAUUUCUUAGUCUAAGAGUUUCAUGUUUGGUGCCUAGUGUGUGAGGUAACUGUACGCAUCUGAGCCCUCUGUGUACUAUCCCAUUAGCUUUGUGUUCUGUGGUGACCGUAUUUGUCAUGUGAUUUGGAUGUCUGUGUCAUGUGAUAUGCUCAUGCAGUGUUUAACCCUCUCCUGUCUGGGACAAUGUGGGGCAUAAAACAAUGUAUGUGAAUCUUAUAUAAUGCAGUUUGAUGUUUACAUGUUUUCUAUGCUCUAAAUUAUAUAAAAAGAAUUUUUUUAAAAAAAAAAAACCUAGUCAUUGCCAAAUGCUUUCUAAUAGACAACUUAAGACUAUUUGAUAAAAUUUGGUUUAUUGCCAUUGGAAUUAAGUGUAACAGUACGUAAACAAUCCAAGUUGAAUAAUAAGAAAGUAGAAUUGCUUGGGAACAAUAGCCAGCUUUUAAUAACUGUUGACUCUUCUUUCUCUAGGGUUUUUAGUAGGCCUAGACCAAUAGUGUUCCAUGUUCCAUGUUAUGCUCUGAUUCAGUAGGGAAGAUCUGUACAUGAAAACAGGCUUCUGCACAUAAAGCCAACAGAUAAACAGAUAUUAUUGCUGGAUGUGUAGCCUCAUCUGUACCACAAAGCUCAUCUGGCCUGGCUAGAGGUGUCUUUUGAUGUUUAUCCGAAGUCAUCUGUUACACGUGUCUAAAGAUGGAUUGGGGCUUUAAAACUAUAUGGAUAUUUGCUAUAUUAUAGUGAGAUAGAUCAGUUUCUGUUAUGAACACAUUGAUUGACAUUUAUGCCAUCCAUCCAUGGGAUUAGAAAUAGAUAUGAGAUAAAACCAUUUGGUAUUUUGUGGAAAUAUAUCACAGACCAGGUUUAACCUUUCAUUUCUUUGUGUUUCUUUUCAUUUUUAACAGUGAGCAAGUCACCUGUAUUUUGCUGACUGUUCCCUUAAACACAAUCUCUUUUUUUAAUAGGGUCAACAAGUUAUUUUGCUACUAUAAUUUCUAUAAUAAUUUUAAAAUGUAUCCGCACACUCUGUGUAUCAGCCUCAGGUUAUAUAAUGGCAGGAAGUUUCAAGGACACUGGUUUUGUAUAUCCAUGAUUUUCUAUCAUUUGUCUUACAUUAAUGACAGUAGAGUUUGUAUUAUUAUUAUUAUUAUUAUUAUUAUUAUUAAAAAUUGAGUUAAGGAAGUUCAUAGAAAGUAGGUUUCCCAUCUGCUCCACGCUUCCCCCAAGAGGAAGGAGGCUGGUUUGAGGAGAAGGGGACAGGAAACUCAACAUUGCAUGAAUUUCCUUAACUGCGAAUCCUACACAUUGUCUACUCGUAAGCGAGCCCUGUUAAUUUGAGCCGGACUCCCAGGUAGGCGCCUAUAAGAUUUGCAGCCACUGAUUUAUCAAAGCCCAGUUUGGGGCGUUUUCCCCAUCCUAGAAGUUCCCUCUGCCCUUAGUUUUGGAGCAUAUCCCCCCCCCCCAGCCUUGCUGAGUAAUGCAGGGAAGGGAAGCAACAGGAACCAUUCCUCCUGUGUAUGUAUUUAAAUUAACUUACUUCAAUAUGCACAUAGUCAUUUCUGGUAAUAAUGAUUAUAACAAUCUGAAUUUUUCAAAGUCUUCUUUGAUUUGGAAAUUAAGCAAAAAGGCAGAGAAAGCAGGUAGAAAGAAACAAAUUUUGCAUGCUAAAGUAACCCAAGCUCACCUCAUUUCCACUGGCAACUCCUAGGAAGGCUGUGGAAUUGCCUUUGGAGUGAUAACCCAGGCUUAAUCCAGACAAGACUGAGGGGCUAGAGGUGGGGAAGCUGGCUGAUCUAGGAGGAGUGACGUGACUGGGACCGCACUCCUCCAAAGGACCAGCUUUGGGGGUUGGCUGUGGAAUUGCCUGUGGAAGUGUAGGUGAGGUCUAGGAAUGCCUUUUAGCAGCAUUACAUUAGUUUGUGUGGGCAAAAGGUCCUUCAGAUAACUCAAUCCCAAACACAUUGAGGGCUUUAAAGAUUUAAGACAGCAUUUUGAGUCGGGUCUGAAAAUGCACGGGUGACCAGUGCAGCUGAUACAGAUGCUCCACUCAUCUUCCUCUCAUCAACAACCAAACAGCAGCAUUCAGUACCGGUUGAAGUUCAGACUGUCCUCAAGGCAGUACCAUGCACAUCACAUUUCAGCCUUAACUGGUGACUGCUGCAUAGAUUACCAAGGCAAGGUCCAAUCUCUCCAGAACAGUGUUGCUAUGUGAUCAGCAUUGAUUUCCUUAUAGGCAAACUCCCAUUCUUGGGUGGCAGAAGGCAAUCUUCAGUUCUAGAGUCCACCACAUGUUUUAUGCCUGCAAUUUUUGUCUGCUUAAUAAUUUCUGGAAUGUGUGCACAGAGGUGCCCAGUGUAUUUGUUUUAUACAGUGUUUGCUUUCUCCUCUGUUUAUAGCCACAUUUGGCAAAGAUUUGUUUUUUGGCAACAAACGAGGUCUGCUUUUGCGUCAGUAAUCCUUGUAUAGUUGCAGAAUAUCUGAAACACCAAACGCAUCACAAAAUACAGGUUAUAAAAACAUAACCUUUUCUCUACUAUCUUAUUUAUUUAUAAUGAAGGUUACAAAUCCUUCCAAGACGAAUUUACAAUUAGCGUCAAAAUAAAUUCUUUCAAACCACAAUAAACAAUAUCAACAUAUAAAGUUAGCAGCAUCCUUUCCCACAGGGCAGUUGGUGACCGGUGGCCUUUUGGGUGAUGGAGUAGAAGAGUCCAGAUGGAGUAGGCUUAUUGGCCCAUUUGCUUGGUUGGGUCCUUCCCACAAGGCAGUUGGUGGGGUGGGAAAGAGUCCAUCUAGAGCAGGCUCUGAGGCCUCCAGGAAUCCUUCCCACGGGGCAACUGAUGGUGGAUGAGCCUGUGGGAAGGUGAGGAAGAUAUUUCACCUGGAACGUUCUUUGAUUUUUUCCCCCACCUGCCUUCCUGGAACUCACUCCAAUGCAGCAAGGGUGAGUCUGGUGAAGUGACGGGGUUCUAUGCAGAGAUUGCCUUCGGGCAUGGUCUAUUUAGCAGGGGGAGGUAACGCAGGUAGAAUGUCUCUCACUAUAUUUGCACAGAUGGACAACUGGACAGUGUCGCUCUUACAGCAUCGGUUAUAUUUUGUGGGGAAACUGAUAUCAAGCAGCUCACACACACCGCCCCCACUCCCUGUCCCUCAACAGGUAAUAAAAUCAGAUGUUCCUGUGCUAACCCUCUAUAUCCAGGAGGGGAAGGGAUCUAGGGAUAAAUUUCCUGCUCCUGGGCAUUAGGACCAGGACUAAAGUGAACAGUUGCUUGCUCCACAAAUUGAUUUCGAACAGGUGACAAUAUUCGGCCUCUCGGUGUCGCAAAGCCUACAUUUUCUUUAAAAUACUGGUGCUACUGUUUAAAUGUGAAUUUUUAGCAGCGGCAUGCAAACAAAAACAUGUUUAGAUCAUACAGCAAUAUAAACAGAAAGUCUUAAACCCUAUGUAGAUAUGCUUUUUCUCCCUUGUUCCCUGGGUGGUGCUCUUUUGUUAUCAGGACCAGGUGUAUUGAAACUAAUCUCACAGCAUAAUGUUCUUUACAAAAUUCAUGUACUCUGAUAAACAGUGACAUUCUCUCAUCGAUGCACCUGGAAAGUGAAGGGGUCGAAAAGAAAGGGCUCUUGGACCCAUUAGUUGCCCCUGCUUGCUCCCCUUCUGUGGUUGCUUCUUUUCCGAAAGUAAUUCAAACACUGUUAGAGAUUGGAUAUAAGCUUUUUCAAACGGUUGACUGUCUUAUCAAAGCAAAAAACAGCAAAAACACCCUAUGACUUCUAAUAUUUGAAUGUUGCAGCAUGGUUAGGUAUAUGUAAUAGUAAUAAGUAAUAAGUUUGGAUACAUUUGAACUGGAGUUGGGAGUUUCAGUAACAGCAGAUAUUCUGGUAAGGAAUUAAUUUGGAAAUGCAAACAGGAUGGUAUCCAACUAAAACAUACUUGGAAUUGGCCCAUUAAAAUCAGUGGAAUAAGUCCAUUGAUUUCAGUGGGUUUAUUCUGUGUAUUCAUGUUUGAGCAAGAGAGAGAUUAAAUAAGUUUGGCCCUUUUGACAAUGUUUGUUUAAAGUAACUGAAUAGCACACUUAUUUAAAAUUGCUUGAUUACAUUUCCCUUGAUGUGAAUUAAUUAAGUGGUUGGUUCUUAUGUCUUUCUUCCCAUAAUCCUUUGUCACAGGUCCUAGCGCCACCAAUCUUAUAAUAGGCUCCAUCGCUGGUGCCAUCCUGGUAGCAGCUAUUGUCCUUGGGGGGACAGGAUGGGGCUUUAAGUAAGCAAUGCCGCAUGUCUUCUCUUCAGUGGCUAUGGCAUAUCUCUCUUCUGCUUACAUCACUAAAUUUUGAGUUCCUGCUACAAGAUCUCCGGUAAUAUUUUACUGUAAUAAAUCUGUGUUUAGUGAAGGGGCUAAAAUAUGCGUUACAAAAUCUCAAAGUUGUCACCAGGAUGCAAAGUUGUCAAAAUGGCAAAACCAGUAGAUUAAGAUUAAUGGCCUCAAUGAAUGUGAGCCAGAAUGCUGGUUUAAAAUGGGGAAAGUACAGUGGUACCUUGGUUUACGAACUUAAUCCAUUCCGGAAGUCCGUUCUUAAACCAAAGCGUUCUUAAACCAAGGCGUGCUUCCCCAUAGCAGCGGGGGACUCAAUUUACAAAUGGAACACACUCAACAGUAAGCGGAACAUGUUCUGUGUCCAAGGCAAAGUUCACAAACCAAAACACCUACUUCCGGGUUUGCAGCAUUCUUAAUCCAAGUUGUUCAUAAACCAAGCUGUUCUUUAACCAAGGUACCUCUGUACUGUUUAUCUGCUUGUGCUGUUAUAAACACCUUAUAGGAAGUUUCCCAUUAUGGUAGGAAUUCUAGAGUCUAGAUGUACCUGCACCUGAACAUGCUCAGAUAUCCAGGAACUAGAAUAUAAAAAUAUACACCAGAUUGACAAAUUGUAUGAAUUUGUACCUUCUCAGGGGAUCUCUUCCAGUGGUAAAGCAGUGAGCUGCUUUAAUCAUGCAAAGUACAGCCCUGAAGGUUGGUGCCUCGUUACAAGUCUGCUGGCAGCCUGCCCUCUGCGUUCACAGCAGGCAUGGAAUGAUCAACCUAGCUGUCUGAACUGAUUUUUAGAGCAAAAUUAGAAAAUAUGGAGAAUGCAUGGCUGUUGUCCUGUAAGCAACAGUUGGUAUCAGUGCAGCACUUUGACAUGACCUUGUCUUUUGAAAGUUUCUUUGUCCUCAGUGCUUCUGCUUAGCUGCUGCUUGCUAGCACAAGGGAAUUUUCAGCACAGUGAAGCCAUGUCGUGCAUGUUACCUUGCUAGAAGUAACACAAAGCAUUUGAGGGGAGGGAGGGAGAUGGUUCUGAUGGGUUCUCAAUAGGCGUGCAUUCUCCAUCAUGCUAGUUCUGCUGUUGAAGACUCUUGUUAUGUACAGAUGCAUUUAAAAGAUGAAAAACCGCUUUGGGUAAGGGAAAGGUUGAGACCUAACUCCUUCCCUGCCAGUUUCUACUCAAACUAUAUAUUCCCUUCUCUUCCCACCCCCCAACAGCUUCCCCCACUGUAAGGUUUUGAAAUUUGCUAAGGCAUUGAGAUGACAAAAAUUUAAUACAUACUAGUCAGUGCCUGACUAGUUCGUUUAUGGAAAUUUGUUUGCAAUCUCUGUUACUCUUUUGAGAAAUCCUUUUUCUCAGAGAGUUUACUUGGGAACCAUCCCUUUCAUUUAUAAGAUAACUGCUAACAUUAAGAUGCUGUGAGAUGUGAACUGCCCUAUGGAUGAAGGGCAGUAUAAUAAGUAAAUAGAUAAAUACAUUUCACCAGUUGUAAUUAGAAGUGAAGAUUACUGUGACGCAAUAGUCCAACAGCAUCUUCAAGACACCAAGAUGGCUUCCUCUCUUGUAGUAUUAGAAGCAUCUUCUCUAUCUCUUUGCACACCCUUCCUACCAGAUGGCUCUUGCUGUCAGUAUCUGACAGCACAGAUCAUCUGGAGAGAAGGAACACUUGGAUUUGUUUAAGUUCUCCCUUCCUGCAUUGCAGGGGGUUGGACUGGAUGUCCCUCGGGGUCUCUUCCAACUCUUCAAUUCUAUGAUUCCACCUCCUCCUUCCCUCCCCAUUCGGUAGGUGAUCUGCGCUAUCUUUCCCUAUAUAUAGCAUUGUAGUUUGGGGAAGGUUCUGUGAAUGUAGCAGCUACAAUUACUGUUGCUAGGAUUGCCUAAGAGCCACAUUCGUUGUUGGCCCAACCUUCUGCGGGGCUCGUGCCAGAUUCCUCACAUACUCUUGCCUAUUCACACACAUGCACACACACACCCUGUUGCUGAUCUGCACAAAGCAGGUGUUAUCACACUCUCCGCUCAUCAAAUGAUCAAUCUGAUAUUUGUGGAGUGGAUGAUUUGCAUGUCUUUGCCCACCCUAGUGCAGUGUCUACAUAAAAAUAAUUAUUUUGCUGCUGCCACCAAAAUUGUGGAGUCUUGGUAGCAGAGCAGAAAUAAAUUGUUCAGAGGUUGGGUUAGGUCCCCAAACUUUAUGCCAUGCUUCAUGCCAUUCAAAACAUUCACUCGAAGGUGUUAGUUUUAUUGAGAUGAACCCCAUUAAAUUAAUAAACCACCCAUUACCCAUUCUGAACCACCUGUGAUUUAUUAUCAUUCACAAAUGCUCUCAAUCUUUCAAUGUAAAUAGUCAUAAAUAGUUACGCUAAGAUGGUAUUGCUUGAGCAUUUAUUUAUCACGUUGUUUUUUUACAUACAGAAUUAUGACAUAAAUUCAGAUGUGAUCAAUAUUGCGGUUUACAUAUGAUCAGGAAAUAUAAUGCUUACCUAAAACCAACAUUCAAUUUGUGUAACUGAUCAGUUACUGGAGCUCAGAUCCAUGAGGCAAAUUAUUCGCCUCUUAAUGGAGUUCUAAGCUUUCCAUGGAAGUUUGUGCAUGCUGGCACUCUGUAUCAUGGGAUCACCAUAGUAAAAUCAAAAGUCUUUGUUGUAUGUGUUGAAUAUAGAAAAUUGACACAAAACCCCAUCAGUGAAGUACAUAUAAAAGAUUCAAAUUUUGACUUCAGGCACAUAUAUUUCUAUUUUAAUAAAGAAUGUGGGGGGGUUUGUGUGUGUGUCAAUGUACUUACUGGGUUAUUAAACUUCAUGACCUUUAAUUUUACCACUGAUACUCUAAAAGUGAAUAAAGCAAAGUAUGUGUUUAAAUGAAGGCUUGAGCCAUACCAGCCCUCCCGCCCAAUUUCCUUAUAAACUACAUAAUACUAUAUUGAUCCUUUUGACUUUUGUCCAUUCACACUUUAGUCAUCUCUAGCAUAUAUUUCCCACUUAGAUAAUACUUUGCAUCCUGUGUGUCAUUCUAGUGUACAAUAUAUAUAUAUACAACGAAAUAAUUUGGUUCCCCGGUAUGGACAACGGUUCUCUAUAAGUAUCACAAUAGUUCUCUUAUUAAUUUAAAAUGAAAGUAUUUUAUUCUGUAGCAGAACCUCAAAUAUGAUGGCCUCGCCUAGCUCACAGCUUGAAGUGCAUGUUUCUUUGGGGUAAAACUGAAAGAAGUAUUCACUGCGUGGAAGAGGCCUAGCCCAGGUAGGCCGCCUUAUAUUUUGCUGCUUCAUUGAGUAUGUGUGAGGGUUAUUGCGGAGCCGAGAAUGCUUAUGAUAAUUUGGUAGGAAUGGAAGAAAGAAAAUUCACUGCAAAGCAGCGGGACACGGCGCUGGUUUCAAAAGUUUUCGUGGUGUCUCUGUUUCAGAGCUGUAUCCAACACAGCAGGCACAGAACCAGACAUUUAGUUUAUGAAUACUCAUUUUUCUGAACUUUAUUUGGGUUUGGAUCCCGGUUUGUGCAGGCAGAAGGCCACUCACUCCAGCAGAGCUUUCCUUGCCCCCUUGUCUACAUUGCAGCUCCGCAUCUUCCGAAAAGCCACUUCUGAGUAUCUGAACAGGAUGGGAGAGGGGGCCUGGGGACCUGCAGAGGGAGGAGGAAGGUGAAAUUCAAGAGGAGGCAAGGAGUGGCUUUUCAGGCGGCCCAGAGGACCCCAUUGAGGACAAAACGGGUAGGAAAUGUCUGUUUAAACAGUCUUCUGCCCAUGCAGGUCCAGAUACAAACCAUUUUGUAUUCAGUAUUUGGAUUUUAAAAUAAUACUGUUCAGUUGAACAGUACAAGUUUAGUACAAAUUUAGGUGUUCAUGUGAUCUGUUUUCUCAACUGUGAAAGGUUUCAUUCAAAUGACCUUUCUGUUUAACUUUUCUAGACACAACCGAUUUUCCUGAUAAUUUCAUUCAUGAUUUUCCCAAACGUUUUGCCCUAAGCAGCCUUAUAAUAGAAAACAACAUAAUGUUGAUGAUACUGUAUGGGUCCCCUGAGAGCCUGCAGGACAACCCCCCAGUUUCUAUCUGUGCACCCAUAAACGACUGAAAUACACGUGCAUGGUUUUUACAAUCCUUUUAAUUAAAACAAACAAACAAACAAACUUGAAUUCUUUGUAGCAUAGAUAGUUGGAGAGAAUUGUACUGACACUGUACAUGACGGAAUACGUACAUUAUUCUUUUUUAGCAAUAUCUUCUCUCUUGCGGUGUGAUGUGGCAGGUACAUGUCAAAGUGUUUUUAGUGUACGUGUUAAGGCAGGAAAGGAAUCAGUCUUGACCUCAUGCAGGGUGAAAAAGCAGCACUGUGUUUUUGUAAGACUGGCGGUGUUGCUCGAUUUCUGUCUCUGUAAUACGUUGCGCAGAAGCUUGCCCUCUCCUUUCCUCUCUUUGUACCAGAGAUGGUACAACUUCUUUGUUUGUGGGAGACUAUAUUCUGUUUUCCUGACUGUUUCCCAGGGUCUGGAAGCAUUGACCUCAGUAAUGAGGCUAACUCCAUCAGUAAGAUUAUAAGUGUGCAGGGCAUGUAGGCAGGCAGAGGUGUGGCAACACAUUGAAAAUCUAAAUGAGAGGUGUAUCAUUGAAGUUGUGUGCCUCAGGAACCACAUGAAUUUGCUUGAGUAGCAAGAUCUGCCCUGUGGACUGUUGGCAACCAGCUCUAUCAUCUCUUUAAAUCAUGAAUGAGCAACCUCUGGCCCAUAGGUAUAGUUAAGGCCCACCCCAGGUCCCAGUUUGGCCUGUGAGGCUGUUUCCCCAAAGCCACACCCAUCCACUCUGAACCUGGCAUCACACAGGCAGCUACGAUUGAACAGUUGCGAACCUUAACAUCUGAUCAGCUGAUGGAUCAUGACAGCAAGCUGCUGGCAUCAACUGCUGUAGUGCAGCCAAUGGAAAGUAUAAUAAACAUUUGAGGGCUGACUGUAUACCAGUAGAAUAAUCCUAGGCGGUUUUAAAAGCUGCUGAAUGUGUGAAAACUCAGGUCACUCUAGUUUGCUUGCCAUGAUCUCACAUCAUGCAAUUAAGCCAUACAUUUUGCAAAUAAGGGAAGACCAUGAGCCUUGUUGGGCUGAUAUGCUACAGAUACGGCACAUCUCUUUUCUUCCAACAGACACAGCAAGUACUGUUUUCUAAUGUUAGCCUUGUCAAUAUACAAUAAUUAAAGGAUUCAUUAUGAGGGAGGGCAGAGAUGCAUUCUUUAUAUUCUUCUCACUCAUUUCAUUUUGUAUGAAGAUCUGCAGAAUUUUUUUUUAUAAUGGAGGGUGAAAUGUUUAGUAUUACCAAUGUACUAUUUUACAAACAAAGAUAAAGUGAUGAUGUGCAUCCUAGGUUGUUUUUUUUUAAAAAGAAGAAGAAUAAAGACAUUUUUAAUAUUUUGAAAAGAGGAAAAUAUUUCCCGGUCGAAAAGACAGUUUCUGAGUCUGCAGGUACAUUUCUUUCUUGCUUUGCAGUGCAGAAAAUAGCUAUAUCCUUUCCCCGCCCUCCUUUGCUUUCAGUUUUUAGAGGGACAUGAGACAAGAUGGAUUCUACUUAGCGUUUUCUCUGGGGGAGGCAAGAAUAGUAGCUUGGAAAGUAUGGAAACCAACCUGAGGCCUGAAGAUGUGAUCUCAUGUCUAUAGCGUCACAACUUUGUAUGAUUUCUUAGAGGAAAAAUAACAUGCCAACUUUUAUUACCAAGACGGUAGUUAGCUUAUGAUGUAGUCUUGCGCACGCUUACUUGGAAGAAAGUCCCAUUGAAGUAAAUGAGACUUGCUCUUGAGUAGACAUGCAAAGGAUUGUACUGUAAGUAUUAGUACUGAGAGACACAAUCUGUCCUGACAGAGCAUUUCUAGCUAUGUAGUUUUCACGUCUAUUGAGAUCUGAGUUUUAUAAACUGUCAGUUACAUUUUGUAUGUUGUAAACCAAAGCAAAAAAAUAAUUGCACUGUUCUGUUGCUCUUGAACCGCAUUUUUUCAGUACCUCUAUCAAUGCAAGGUUAAUUGUAUUACUGUGAAAAACUGACUUUGAAUUCAUAUAAUUUAAAAUACAGGUUUUGGCAUUGCUUUCAAACUCUCCAUCAUGAAAAGCAUUGUGAGGUAUAAAAACAUUGUUAGCAAAGACAGUGUCUUUAUUAUUCACACUAAAUUUCAGAGUUAUCCAUUACUCUGUUGCGGCUAGAACAGCGAGAGUCCUAUGGUACCUUUAAACACAAACAGUGCAAACCCGUACAUGUCUGCAUGUCUACUCAUUGUAAGUCCCAUUGAGUGCAAUGGAGCUUACUCCAAGGUAAGUGGAAAUAGGAUUGUAAACUAACUGAUUCAUUAUGGUUUAAGCUUUUGUGGAUUAGAUGCACAAAAUGUUAUUCUCAGUUAUAUAUGCACGUAAGUACAGUAAAAGAACAUUCAGUGAAGCCAGUAGGCUGUGUGAUACGAAAUGCAACAGGUCUGCAGAGAAUCAUGGUCUAUCCACAACAGCUGCCAUUGGUGAUACUUUAUCUUUUUGGCAAUUUAUGCUGGUAUUCCAAGGUAGAAAAGUAAAACGAAAGCAAAAACCUGAUCUCACUGCGUUAGAAAUCUCAGACCCACCAUUGCCGAAUGAGCAGUAGCGAGAUUACUCCAUUCUAUGGGAAUAAUGUAAUCACUGUGGUUAAUAGCACAUAUAUUUGGGGUUUCUGUGUACGAAAGGCAAUGAAAAAGGGUUCUUCUGCAAUAAUGUACUGAUCUGAAAAGUGCAUGUUUGAGUUAGUUACGUGGCACAAAAGCGAAGCCUGAAAAUAACUGCCUUUUUGCCGUUAUCCACAACUUACCACAAUAAGCGCAACAACUGAUGUUUAAAUUCUAUUCACUGCAGCCACCGUUGCAGGAGCAUGCAGUGGAGGAGACCCAAGGCUUUAUGUUCCUUGCCGUUAGGGAAUCUGUGAAAUCCUGCUCUAUGUUUUACUGCAUGACAAUUUGGUGGCGGUAGCGGUACACCUGCCCAGUGUUAUAAGACUAAAUGCAUGAGCCCCUUGCUUGAUGCCCCACAUAAAGCCAGAUUAUGGGGAGGUUGCAUCCAGUUUUUGUGUUGCCUUGUAAUGUCUUGCUGUUUAUUUAUAUACAGUACUGGUAUAAUAGGAGAAUGGACGUUUCUACGAAAAGUUUUGUUUGCUAACAACAGCAGCAAAAUUGCAGUGGUGCAACUAACACGUUCUGGUGUCCAUUCUUCUUCACAAGCAGUUUCUCGGCAUCUGUUGCCGGAGACUGGAAGUAUUUUGUGCCCUAUUGUAGUAAAGGCUUGCGCAGGGGACCCACAAAUUGUUUUAUAUUUUGGCUUCGUUGAAGCCUUUCAGAACAGCGACCUUUGGCAGCAAUAA